AUGGCCCAGACCAAGAGGCACACGUACAGCCGGGUAAGUGACACAUGGGCAGCCAUUGGCCGCUCCACGCCUGGGCUGCGCUCUGUGCCCCUGUAGGUACAGUAUCUCUAGAUGCAAUCUGUUGCGAAGGGAGCCUGCAGAUGGUCUGGAUGGGGAGAGAGAGAGAGAGAGAGUGUUUCCUUUGCCGGUUCCCUGCCAUGAAUUGUGCCUCCAUGCCAUGUAUGUUAAGGAAAGCUACGUUGUUGGCUGAAUUUCCCUGCUAGCCAUGCCCUUUCGAUGGAGAUGGGCCGCUGUUAUUUCCUGGUAAUUGCUGCUGAUACUGUAAGGAGGUGUCAGCCGAGCCUCUGGUGAUGGUGAGUUUUCCCAGGGCUCUCUAAUGCAAAGCUUCUGGGCUCCUUUCCCCUUCUCCCCCCCUCCCCACCCCAACAACCACUUGCUCCCACCCGCACCCCCUCCUUUAUCCCCCCCUCCUUUCCGGAUGGUCUUUGAGAGCCCCCUCUUCCACCAUAUUGCAGUUUGGGCAUCAGCUGCAGACUCCGCAGCAGAACUCGGAACCAGCCUCACAAUGGGGCCUUUCUCUGGAGUUUUUUUCCCUUUGUCAUUUUGUUCUUGUUCUCUUUCCGCACCCACCCUGCCCUGCCCGACCCCCAGGGAGGGCUGAAGUGACACACAAGAUGUGGGGCUGGUCAGGCAGUGCGUUUGAGCAUCCUUGCUGCUGGGCCAAGAGCCUGGUGUUGCUUAAGGUACUUUGGGAGUGCUGAGUGGCCACCUUUGUGUCUUCCUUCACCUCUGCAAGCCCUGGAAGGAGAGGAGGCCGUUGUCUGUGGCUCCCCUGGAAGGAAGCAUGUGCAAUUCCCAGGGAGGCCUUUCUUGCCGCUGCUUCUCGUUGGUUCUUCGUUGGAACAUAGGAAACUGCCUUAUACCAAGUCUGACCACUGGUCCGUCAGCCCCAGCACUGACUGGCAGCAGGGGCUCUCCAGGGUUUCAGGCAGGGAGCCUUUCCAGCUUUUGGCGAUUGAUCCUUGGACCUUCUUCAUGCAAGGCAGACGCUCUCCCUUCACUGGUGGCCAGGCCACUUUGUCCCUCGGCUCCUCUGCAGUUACCCUGGCUAGUUUCCGUGGAGGCCCCAGAACGGGUGAAAGGCGUUGUCUUUGGCUCUCAGCUGACAGUCGGGAGUGCAAAAUGUUUCCCCUCCAGGCUCUGGUGUCUGAGAAGUGAGCUUGUGGUUCUGCAGGGGUUUGUUCCUUGCCUUCCCCUGUCCUUCCUCUUCCAUCUCUGAAAGGGGUUGGCAGUGACUGAAGUUUCACGUUGGCUGCCUCUUGAGCAGGGCAGUCGGUCAGGAGGCCUCUGGGUCUGAUGCACUGAGGGUGCUGUUGUGUCCUUUCCAGCACAGCCUCUGGGGGAUGUAUCAGCUGCCUGGGCUGUGAUUUUUAUAGUCUUCCGGGUUUGGAAUCCUCUCCUGCCCCCAUAAACCCAAACUGGGUCAGUCUCUUGCCAGAGACAAGGUCCAUUGUGGCCUGUUGAAAGGAAAGGCCUUCACAUGUGUGUUCCAUGCCUUGCCACGGUGGUCCCCUCUUAAGCAUCUGCGGGACUUGAUGCUGGCUGGUUGGGGAAGGGUCUUAGUGCAGUGCUAGAACAUAUGUUUGAGUGCAGGGGUCCAGGGUUCAAUCACCAGCAUUCCCAGACUCCUGCCUGAGAUCCUGGAGAGCUUUUGUCAUUCCUUGAGGAUGGUGCUGAACUCAAUGGACACAUGACCUGACUUGGUCUCCUAUGUUGGUCCUGCAUUGAACGGGCCUUGCUAGUGGUUGUAGAAUGUGGCUUGGCUUGCUGGCUCGAGUGGUCUGCAGCAGCAGCUGCUGUUCCCUUCUCCACAGCGCUGCACCAGCUCUCUGGUUUUAAGUUGUACCAGGAUUGGUGGCUGCACUUUGGGACAUUGGGGACGCAAGGCAGUUUAGACUUUCUGGCUCUUCUGCAUUCUUUGGCUGACAUGGAAAAUGGUUUUCCUGUGGGCUUUCAGUUUUGCGCUCCUCCCUUGAGGGCUGGGCACCCUUUGUUCUGCUCGUGAGCUCCUUGGAGCCUCCCUGCACCCAUCACCUUGUCCUUCCUUUCACACUGCCUUGCUCCCCUUUUCUAAAACCCAGGCCAAGCGCAUGUCAGGGGCAGCCUGGUCCUUGAGCAGAGUGAGGGCUCCUGCCACACAGACACCAGCUCUGGCUGGUUCGCCUUUUCCUUUGAAAGCAACAGAUCAUCUGUGCUGCUCCGAUUGCCUUUGAUGAGACAGCAGCCACCCCCAUUCUGUCACUGGGUGACAAGUCAGUUAUUAAUCCUUGAGUAAUCUCCUCCUUUGGUGAGGAGGGAAGAUGGCAGCUCUCUGGUAUUACAUGGCUGUUGAUAAUGAGGCUUAGUGCAAAGGGAGCUUUGCUUCUUCUCCUCCUCCUUCCAGAUGAGUCUGUCCAUGACUUAAAUUAGAGGCGGGAGAUGCUUUGAAUCCUGCAUCCUUGGCUCUUCUUAUUGGAGAGGUGGGUGGCAGGGCAGGCUGUGGAGCUGAAGGCCUUCCUCAGACUUCUCCUCUGGUGUUUGAGCUGUUGUGGUGUCAGAAACUAACUCCAGUUUCUGGGAGUGAGGAAGAAGGAAGCCUGUGAUAAUGAACCGACACUGAAGCUCCAGCACAUUACCUUCAAGCAAAGCAGGCGAUGCUCAAUUGGUGUGGAAGAUGGUUAUUUUUCACAGUCUUCCGUGAGAAUGAACUUUAGUGGCAGAGGCUCGUGCCUGCGUGUUUCAGAAAUACUAAUGUGAUUUGCAUGUUUGGGGAAGUGUCUGCAUUGACAGCCCAAGAGAAUGAACCCCGCUCUGAAGUGGAGAAGGCAGGGAGCGUCUGCAGCCAAGGACAGGCACUCACGGUGAGUCAAGCAUCAGGAUUUUGCCAAGAGAAGGUCAGAAUCUUCCAGAUUUCAGUUUCACAGAGCGACACUGGAGUCCCACUCAUUUUUAUGUAUUUAUAUAAGGACUUUCUGUCUUUUUCACAAGGGUUCAGUUGCCUUGAACACUUACAGAAAAGGCUAGGGUGAGAUUAAACAUUAUAUUAAAAAUGCAAGAAGCUUAAAUCACUCUGAAAGUUAAAUAGCAAGUAUGGCAGCAUGAAACAUGUUAUAGAGGACUUUUGAGGGGAAAGGAGCUGUUGGUGCAACUUCUGUUAUACUGAAUUUCUUUCGUUAAUGAUCUUUAUAUAUGAAGUUUCUAUUGUAUUUUUGUACCUGAUUUUCAUUUGUCAUGUUUUUCUUUGAGAGAUUAUCACGUUUUUCUGUUAAUCGUGCUGCUUUAAAUAUAGUUUAUUAUUGCAUUUGUAACUAUAGUGCUUGCAGUGUCCUGUUUAUAAAUGAUGGGUUGUAAACUGAAGCGGCACAGAGAUGAUUUAAAUAAAAAAUAUCUAGCUUUCUGCCCUCUGCCUAAAGGCUGUUGUGAACAAGUGAGCCUGAGAGAGGUGCCUAAAAAGCCCAGGAGGUAGAGCCCUGAACAUACCUCCUCCAGGAGCUCAUUCCUUUAAACCAGGGCAGCCAGUGAGAAGACUCUGUUCCUUGAAAGCAUGGGUGUAACUUGCCAGGUAGAGGGGACCUAGAGCCCAAGCUGGGGUCCUGGCUGUUCCUUUCUAAAUUCCACCCACCCUGCUGUGAGCAGGCAGGCUAGUGACAGGUUCUCUGGCUCAUCUGAGGGAUGCUGCUCUGAUUCUGUGGUAGGUGGCAGGUCCUGUGACUGGCAGUUCUGUUGAGCUCCUCUCUCAUUCCCACUGCUGGAGGGCACCUUGUUGUAUCCACUGCCAUGUGCUUUGUGGCAUCCUUGUGUUUCCUCUAGACACGUUAUGUGGGUUCCCGAAUUGAGUUCCCUACCUCCUGUGCAAUUCAUGGUGCCUGGCCUCCUAAUACACCUGUGUAAUUUCUGGGGCAUCUUUAGACAUGCUGAUGGAGUCUGCUUGUUCACCCUACCACACAUCUCUUCAAGUUGGGCAGAUGCUAGGAUCACUUCAUCCAAAAUGAUACCUAAAUAAUAUUCACCGAGGAGGGUCUAAAUAAUUUUGUCCGUCUGAAUGUGGAAGUGGGCUUCCUCCGUCUCUCCUCGCCUUUGCUGGGCUGCCUUGAGGGUUUUCUCUCUAGCAAGCCCAGCUCUCUUGGUUUUCCUCCUUCCUUCUGGAUUAUCCUCCUUUUGGAACUUGCUUGUUUUCUGGUGCUACUAGUGGCUGGUGGAAUAAAAGGCAUCCUUGUGAGAGAGCUGCAAAGGCUGCUCUUCAGUCGUGUUCCCAGGAUCCUCCACUGGCCCCGUUGGGCAGAAGCUGCUCCCUGUUAUUCCAGGAGCCCCACAGCCCACUGGCGGAAGCAGCAGCCAUAGUUUGCUGGCUCGCUCCUGUUUCUCACAGGCACAGCUGCUUCUGCAGAGCUCGGUUAUUUUACUUUUGUUUGUCUUCUGAGCUGUAUUCUGCCAAAAUGUAUUGCUCAUUUAUUGUAUUGCUCAGAGGAGGGCAACCAAAAUGGUCAAAGGCCUGGAAACGAUGCCGUAUGAGGAACGGCUAAGGGAGCUGGGCAUGUUUAGCCUGGAGAAGAGGAGGUUAAGGGGUGAUAUGAUAGCCAUGUUCAAAUAUAUAAAAGGAUGUCACCUAGAGGAGGGAGAAAGGUUGUUUUCUGCUGCUCCAGAGAAGCGGACACGGAGCAAUGGAUCCAAACUACAAGAAAGAAGAUUCCACCUCAACAUUAGGAAGAACUUCCUGACAGUAAGAGCUGUUUGACAGUGGAAUUUGCUGCCAAGGAGUGUGGUGGAGUCUCCUUCUUUGGAGGUCUUUAAGCAGAGGCUUGAGAACCAUAUGUCAGGAGUGCUCUGAUGGUGUUUCCUGCUUGGCAGGGGGUUGGACUCGAUGGCCCUUGUGGUCUCUUCCAACUCUAUGAUUCUAUGAUUCAUUUUGUUAUUAAUUACUUCACUUUUCAAUUUAAAAUCCUCAAGGGGGCUUGUAAUAAAAUACAGUUAUCAUAGAACUGUAGUGCUGGAAGGCACCCCAGGGGUCAUGUAGUCCAACCCCCUGCAAUGCAGGAAUAGCAACUAAACCAUCCAUGACAGAUGGCCAUCCAGCCUCUGCUUAAAAGCCUCCAAGGAAGGAGAGUCCAUACCACCUUCUGAGGGAGUCUGUACCACUGCUGAAGAGCUGAAGAGCUAAUACUGUCAGAAAGUUCUUCCUGAUGUUAAGUCAGAAUCUUCUUUCUUGUAAUAAUUAAUGGCAAAUACGGAGGACAAAGCAGUGCAGACUAAAACACCAGGGAAAUUAAAACUUAGCAGAUGCCCUGCUGAAUUCCUGCUCUUGUGAUGGAGAAGCAUCAGGACAGGCCUCCGUGGGAACAGUUCCACAGCAGAGGACCUCUUCAGCCUCUCAUCUCAGCCAUUGGUGGGAAGAGCUUAAAGAGCAAAGAACCUCCAUAAUGAAGAGUGAAAGUGCGAAAAGGCAGCCUGUUGUGCAUCCUGGUUCCAAGCAGAUUAGGUUCGUUGAAUUGGGCCUGGAAACCAGAAGGAAGCCAGUGAGGCUGUUUGGUCAGAGAGUGAGAUGCAUCCUGGAGAAGCUGAAGUUUACAGACACUUCUCCAAAGCAGCCCCAGGCAGAAAGAACGCUGCAGUGAUGAGGCAACUAAGGCAUGUAUGUGUCACCAUAGCCAGAUACCUAACUUCUUUAGGAAUCUCAGGCGAAGGAUGCCUUGCCCACAGCCCUUAGUAAAGGGACCAAUGGCAUCUCACUCACUAGGCUGCAGGGACGAUGGCAUUCCUUGCCUAGAACACCCGCGGUGCUGGCGGUGCUGUUGUUAUGACAUGUAUUUAAUCUCUUUUUAGCUACGGAUGAAUUUCAAUUUUCUUUGGAAUAGACUGUUUUUACAGAUGAUUUCAAUGUUUUAUUUCAUAUUUGUGGUUUUCUUUCAAUCAAGCGGCAUAUACACUUUGUUAAAUAAAAUAAAUAAAUGUAUAUUCCAAGCUUCUCCCUAAGGAGCCCACAGCGGCAAGCACAAAAGAUAACAAUUUUGGUACAGGUGGUCCUCCGUGCCUUGGAACUAAGUGUCCUGGUGAGCAGAGAACAGGGGUGGGAAUUCACUUAAAAGGCCCUUCUCUCCUCUUUGUUUGAGCCUGUAAAGAGAGGGUGGCUUUUUCUUUCUCCUGCCCAGCAUUUAAUCCUUUAAGUGUGCCUUCCAUCACACUGCCUGGUGGGAAGAGCAUGUCUCCCUGCCCUGGUGCAAUUGCACUUCCACCUUAGCCAAGCUGCUGCCAGACCCAUCACUCUGCAGAGCCAGCCCCCCCUCCUUUAUUUUAAGGAGGGAGAACAACUGUGGCCCCUCCCCUUUUGGACCCUGUUGUGGGGCAUGUGCUGGGUGUCUGCAGCUGUCUGCCUCGGGAAAGUAGUUAUUGAUUUUAAGUGGACUAAUUUCUUGCUUUUUCAAGCUUUCAGCUCACGAACCUGGAGUUUGGAAGUGAGCCUUCAACAGGGCAGCUGCACUGCUGCAUUUUUAAAACAAGUUUCCCCUCCCCACCAAGUUUGUUAUUUUACACGCAUCAUCUUCCAAAACGUUCUGUAAGUAGUGUUCUCUUUUCUGCAACCCACCCUUGAAAAGCAUAACAUUCUUACUCAUCUGUGAAGAGGUUUUUUUAAAAAGCCGGCCUUCACUUGGUCUUGUUUGCCAUCGGUUGGGGGCUGUCCUUGCAUUGCGCCUUAGACUGAGUCAUUUGCAGGUCUGUCCCUGCAUUUCUCAGGCCGACUGUGAAUUUAACCCAUCAGCAGUUUUCCUAGGAAGGGAGGCAAACCAGAAAGCCUGUGUCUUGUCAGGGGUGGCCUAUUGGAGGCGAAACUGUGUUGGGGGCGGCUGUUCUGGGAAGGCGACGAGGCCUUCCUUAACAGGCAAACAGGGCACUUGGGCCGCUGCUUCCCAUCACAGCCCUGACUGGCAGACUUCACAUGUCCGUUUCCAUGUCUGUUGCAAAAACUGCAGCUUGCAUUUUGGUGCUUCAUGAAGAUGAGAGUCCUAGGUGCAAUACUUCAAACUGUUGGCCCAGGAUCUCUGGCUCCUUCUCCAAGUGCAAUGUGACCAUGGCACUCUGGUAUAGUCAUGUUGACCAGGAAUUGGGCACGCUGGGCCACCGAGCCUUGGCCAGCAAGCUGAGCAACUGGGUAUGACUAGAAUUGCAGUUGCAGAGGCAAUAGUUGUGGAAUAGAUGUGCCAGGACAGGUCAGGUCUGUUCUCGGUAGCUGAGCUAUCUCUGUGGGUUGUUCUGGUGUGUGGAUUCUGGGCUGGUCCUAUGGCAGUUUUUCCAGUGGAUUUGUUGAGCUGCGGUAACCACACACUGCAUGUAUUAGAACAAAGCACCUUCCUGUGAUUCUGGGAAGAAUCACAUCUAGGAGGAUUUAAUUAAAAGGUGUUUUUUCUUAAUACAGUCAUACCUUGGGUUACAGCCGCUUCAGAUUGUGUUUUUUUGGGUUACGGACCGCCGAAACCCGGAAGUACUGGAAUGGCUAAAUUGCGCUUUGCGCAUGUGCAGAAACACUGAAUCGCAACCCGUGCAUGCGCAGACUCGGGUUGCAAACGCUGCGGGUUGUAAAUGUGCAUUCUGCAUGGAUCAUGUUUGCAACCUGAGCGUUCACUGUAAUAUACAAGGGGAGUGGACUGGGAAGGGAGUGAGGCUGUUACAAGAUCUGCGCCCAGGUGUCAAUCCGUGGGAUUCCUGGCUGUGUGCUGUUAGUCUGUUCCGUGGGGCGGUGCCGCAGGUGAUAGUUCCCUCUUCAGACUCGCUGUACUUUCAUUGUGAACACACCAUCCCCAACAGGGUUCCAUGCUGGCAAAACAGGUUGGUUGCACAUAGUCUAGACUUCAGAAAGGUACUGAUGGAUAGCCAAAGCUGUAGAUGUUUCCCAGCAGGAGGGAGAGGAAGAGCUCCUUUCACAUUCUGGAAGACACAGAUCCAGGCACUUGGUCUCUUAAAGACUGAUCCCAUGCCUAGCAAUUUUCAGAGCUUUUCCUUUUUACGGAUGCUCAAACCAUCAGCCUUUCAUAUCCCAGACUGAGCCUUUCUGCCUGGAGAAGCCAUUUCUGCAGGUAGCGUUACUGGAGGAGGAGGAGGAGGAGGAGGGUGUUCUUCAAGUGGCAGAAAGCCUUAAAAGGCAAGAGAUUGGUUGCCAAUUUGCUCCCGGGCCAGGUUCAGGGUGUUUCUAUUUGUAUAGAAAGCCCUUAACAAUUUGGGACCAGUUCAUCUUCAAGAUCACCUUGCCCCCUGUAUAUGCCAACUCAACUGCUUUGAUCUGCGGAACUGGCACUGUUAUAGGUGCCACAUAAUGCCCAUUCCACAGUUGUAGGAAAUGGAUCUCUUAGUGUGGCAGCACCUGCACUUUGGAACUCCCUGCCUGUUGAUAUCAGGAAGGCACCUUUGCUGUUCUCUUUUCAGCACCUGCUGAAAACAUUUUUGUUUAGUCAAGCCUUAUAUUGUAGAUUUUAAAUUACUUUAUGAUUUCAUUGUUUUCUCUUUUUUGUAAGCUGCUUUGAGGUUUUCUCCCAUCAAGCGGUGUAUCAAUUUUCUGAAAUAUGUAAGCGCUCCAGCCCAGAGAGAGGGUGGCUUGCAGCAGUUCUGGAAUGCUCUGGUUCCCAAAGAGAGGGGCCGGACCACACGCUGCCACUUUGUGCAUUUCCAGCGAAAGGACCAGGCAUUGCUGAGAGGCCGCUUCCCAUCUUCAUUUUGCUCUGGCAGAAGUUGGAAUCGAUUUGAAGGGGCAUGGAAAAGAUUCUUGCAAUUGCCUCCAUUUAACUCCUCUGGGUUUCUUUUGGGCCUCCAGUCAGUCAGCUUCCAUAGAACCAGAAGCAUUCAGCAGACUCAUGUGGCGGGCCCCCUUCUACUUGAGGCUUUUAAAGAAAAAAUAGGGGGGGAAAGAGGGUCCACGCCCGUGCGUCAUAGUCCUAUGCAGUCUUCUCUUGAAAGCCAGCAAGGAGCCAGAUUGUGCAGCUCCCCUUUGCAGCACAUCCCACAUCCCACAGACCCACAUUUGCCUGGAUCUGUUUUCCAGCAGCUCAUCUCCCUUGUUUCUUGUCCUACUGUAAGAGAAUCCACUAAGCAGCCCUUUGCCCUCUUCAACAUUUAUUUCAAAUCUAUGAAGAAACUCUGUGACUAGCCUCCUUUGUUCAACGCUGCCGUGUCUUCGCGUGUGUAGAGAGGAGAAGGAUUUCUCCUUUGUGGCACUGAACAAUGCUUUGGGUCCAGAUUUGCCUUGAAGAACCUCGUUGCGGUUGUCAACUGACCCUUGGCUUCUCCCUGUUUCUUUCCCCAGGCGUCGAGCGCCAGCGCCAGGAUGAGCGUGGAAGUGAGCGGCAAGCCCCUCAAAGUGGGCUCCCGGGUGGAAGUCAUCGGGAAAGGGUACCGUGGGACGGUGGCGUAUGUGGGCGCCACGCUCUUUGCCACCGGGAAGUGGGUGGGCGUCAUCCUGGACGAAGCGAAAGGCAAGAACGAUGGCAUGGUGCAGGGCAGAAAGUACUUCACCUGCGAGGAGAACCACGGCAUCUUUGUGCGACAAUCGCAGGUAAGCUUCCUCCUGAGCGGCAAGGCUGGGUGUUACCGAUAUCAGUCAGUGCUUGUGUCAGUCAGGAAAGAAGUUCUGCUCAACACGCUUGAUAGGGAGAGUGUCUCUCCCCACCCCCUUCAAGGUGCACCAGCCGUUUCCAAGCAUCAGCUGCAGUUUUGCCCUUUCUGGUGCCCUCGUGAGUCUCCUAAAAUAGGAGGCACCAACUUGGUGCCCUUCAGGUCUUCCCUUGGUGCCCACAAGCCUCCGAGGCCCACCCCUUCCCACCCCACUCACUGCCCCCUUGGUCCUGAGGCACUAAGGGUGGUUAUAUAGAGCAGAACUUAGAGUGAUGUUAUUCUUCCCGUCUAUUUUAACGCCAUGUGCUUUUCAAGCGCAAAUUAAUUCUGCUGGCUCUGUCACGCACGCCCUUCCUUCCUCUGGAGAGGAAGUGAGCAGAGUGGGGCAUCCCCAUGGCACUUGCUGCAAAGUCCUGAUGCCCCCACAGGUCAGAUAGGGGGGUUGUGGGGGGGUUCAUAGUUGGGGAGCUUGAGGUAACCUGGCUCCUCUAUUCUUCUGCUGGCCUUGGCUUAUGUGUUCAGGAUUCUGUCCCAGUGCCGUCUGGUCCUGGUUGACUUCAGUCCUGAUAGCCCAAGAUAGUUUCGGUGCUUGAGCUGGGAAACCCAGAUGGCAAGUGAUGUGGGGCCCAAUCCCCCCAUUGCAGCUCGUGCCCAUUUCGGUGUGUGUUGUGCAGAAGAUGGUCUCCUUGAGGCUCCUGCUCUCCUGCCCUUAGUUGUGCCCAAACCCUCUGCCUGGAGCAGUUGGGCCUUCCUUCUGGAGGCCUGGCUGCUGGGGCUUCCUCUCUCUCAUUUCCUCCCUGAAUUUUCUGGUGCUGCUUGACAGAUCUGUUGCUAUGGCAAUCUUGUUGGCAGCUGGAGCUGCUUGCUGCUGCUGCUUCAGGUCCAGCUUCUUCCUGGUGAUGGGAAGCGAAGAUGCAGAAAGAUGUGGCUCUGGCCGGGUUGGGCUGCUCUCUCCUUCGCAUUCCUCCGUGCCCCAGUUAGUGGUCAAGUUGACAGGUUGCGCAGGGUGAACCAAAUGCUGGGUAUCUAUUUGGAAGCUGCCUCGUGUGACAUAAUCUGCACAUGCUCUUGGGCACGAAUUAACCAGGGAGGGUGAACAGGAAGGCUGGGGCGGUUGGCCCAGGCCUUUGCGGUGUCCCCUGCUCUGUGUCUUUUGGUGUGGGGGGCGGAAGGGAGUUUGCCCCAAUAUGCAGGGCUGAAUAAGGACAAGUCCUUGGAUAAGGACCCCCCUUUUGACCCUUGCUGCACUUGCAGGAGGGGGUCAGCACUAGCAGGUUGAACCAAGGGAGGGGACAGCCUGAAACACUUCCCCUUCCUCAUUGCUGCCUCUGCCUCUCCGUGCCCCUUUGCUCCGGAAUGAGUGGGUCUCCCAAGAGCGGUGGGUUAAUAAUAUUCAACUUGGGGAAAUGGCCAGCUCACUCCCCAGUAAUCACGGAGGGAGUUUUCCCCUUCCACUCCCCUUGCUCAAAGGGUGUUGCCAGCACAGAAAAAAAACUGCCUGGCACACAAAGGGAGAAUCUUUGCGAUGCCUGAAUUAUAUAGCCAAACCCAAAGUUCCAAACUAUUAAGACUAGGGAUAAGGGAAAGUCAGAUAUGUAGCAGUAGAAAUGGAAAAACCAACCACAAGAGUUUGCUUCCUAAAGAGUCUAUACCAGACAAUCUUAAAGGGAAAUCCUAAACUUACUUACAAGACUGAGGGCUCAGUAGAAGAAAAAUUUCAGAAGGAGCAAUUCCCAUUCUUAUACCUGUAAAAUUCUGGAGUAGUGCUGGUGUUGCCCGAGGGAAGAGAAUCCGCCAGUAAUAAUAAUAAUAAUAAUAAUAAUAAUAAUGAUGUUAUUAUUUAUACCCCGCCCAUCUGGCCGGGCUUCCCCAGCCACUCUGGGCGGCUUCCAACCAAAUAUUAAAAUACAGUAAUACAUCAAACAUUAAAAGCUUCCCUCAACAGGGCUACAGGUCAUGUAUGCUUGAUGUACUUAGCAUGCGGGGCAGGGAGCCACUGGGCAUGGAAGACUGGUAAAAUCUUUCAGCAGCCCAGGAAGAGGGAAGCAAUGGGUGUAAAUUGGGAGGUGUUUCCUCUCUGCUGCCAGUAGACAGGGGCCCCCGAGAGAUGGGGGAGCUGCGCUAUUGCAUCAGGCAUGGUGGCUAUUUUAUUCUCAAGCCUUUUUCCACAGGCAGUUCUGGGGUGCUAAAGGGGGUGUGUGUUUUAGAUGAAGAACUUAGAUCUUCUGACCAAGAGCAUGUCUAUAAAACCCAGGCAUAUUGGUUUUGUUUUAGAAAGCAGCAACUGGGUUCCAGGGGGCCACUUACCAAGUCCAUAACUAGAUUUGAACCCACACACCACAUACAGGCUCUUUGGGGACCAGAACCUUGUGAUGGCAGCACUGUAGGCUUUUCAGAAAGAUCUCCAAAAACAAUAUUUCUUGCUGGCUUUCUUUCAAAGGGGUUUACUUUUUGGGCUUUGAUGCUCUUAGUACCGGUGGUAUUUAUGUAACGCUCAGCUAGCUGCUUGUUUGAUCUGUGCUAAUAUAUUUGUGUGUAUUAUUAGUGUUUUUAUAUUAGGCGCCACCUUGAGGUUAUUUACUCUUAAAGGCGGCACAUAAAUCUUCAAAUAAAGAUCAAUAAAACUCUUCACUUACUGAAGUGUGAGAGGCCCUGUCAGUUCUGGUUUUUGACAAACCAUCUAAUUCAACUUCCUUUUUUAAUGAAUUUAUGAUGCUGCUGUUGCAAUUAUUUUAAGCUGUAAUGAUAUGUUUUAUCUGCUUCCAACCCAUGUUUUAAAAUCAGCAUUUUGAUUUUAUUUUAUGUUUGUCACUUUGCAUUUAAUAUAUUGUAAGCUGCCUCACUGAGGGUGCUUACCCUGAAAUGUGACCUAACAGUAUUUCAAUAAAUAAUUUAUAUGAAAUGUUAAAUCUGAUCAGAUCCAGGUUUUUGAUGAUGGCGCAGAAACAACAUCCCCGGAGACGCCGGAGUCUUCCGCUUCGAAGGUCCCCAAGAGAGGUAGGGACUUCACUGAUCCUUGACUAGCCUGUUCAUGUAAAUAUAGUAGGGACAAGCAGGAUUUUCAAGGUUCCUGCUGGAGCACCUUGUUUUCUCUGGCAGCUGAAUUUGAACAGCAGGCAGCUUAAAGAGGGUGUGGAGAGAGGAUCCCAUAGGGUCAGCGAAGCCAGAUAAGCAGGUGGAGAUGAGAGGGGGAAAAGAAAGCAGCCGGCUUCACCAGGCAGAGGUGAAGGGAGGUGACGAUUGUCCCGGUUUAAGGACCAGGGCAUAGGAUGCAGGAAGUGGCUGGGUUAGUCUUAUAAGGUUGGGAUGCAAGAGGGAGGCCGGCAGGUGAGCAGCGUCAAAGUUUCUGGACUUGGCCUUAAUGUUUUCUCCGUGGAACUCUGAGCGCCACGGCUUUUUGCCCGAGGGUUUCCAUGGAAACUGGAGGCUGCUGCAACGUUUGGUGCAGGCCUUGUCAGUUUUCACAGGCGUGAAACAGAUGGGAAGGACGCGCUGGGCUCUGCUUGGCUGUAGCUCUCUCUCUUUUUAAGGAGCCUCUGGCUUCCUUAUCAUUCAGGCUACAGCAGAGCUCAGAGCUCCCUAUAACCCUGCAGGGACAUGGGCUGGUGUGUCCCAUGCUGGGUAAAUUGGUCUGAGAUUUGCAGCGCCCUCUACCCCUCUCUCCCUGGGAGGGCAUGCCAGGGCUGGCUGGCUGAUUUGCUAGAAACCCUGCACUUCAGCUUGUGUCCCUUUUCCACAAGUCCAGAGUACCAUUAACAUCACCAAGAGUGAGGCAGUUUGACUGGGUGCAUCUGCAGUAAGCAGCCUGCUUCUUUUUUAAGCAUUCUGUUUUGCUUCUUUGGAGUACUUGAUUUGUAUCUUGGGGUUCCUUCUAGGCUAAAACCUUUUGUUUUCUUUGUGGGUGGCCCUGUUUCACCUUCAAAAUGAUUGGCGAGGGCCAUCUGAGUUCACCAUUAAAGCAUCAUAUCGUCUCCAAAGUAGCUUUUAACAUUCGCAAUAAGGCAACCGGUAUCACAGAACACAUCCAGUAAAGACAAGUGGCAAAUGACCGAUACGCAGUAACUACAGGACAGUAUCAGGAAUGAAAGGGGACUCGCCAGGUUCAUUGCUGUACAGAAAGAGGGCAUUGCGAACCAUGUGAAGGAUACUGGGUGUGCUUUAUUAGUUAUUGUGGGGUUCACUAAGUUUAAUAGCAGCUAUUAUUAUUAUUAGGGACAUGGGUGGUGCUGUGGGUUAAACCACAGAGCCCAGGGCUUUCCGAUCAGAAGGUCGGCGGUUCGAAUCCCUGCGACGGGGUGAGUCCCGUUGUUUGGUCCCAGCUCUUGCCAACCUAGGAGUUCGAAAGCACCUCAAAGUGCAAGUAGAUAAAUAGGUACCGCUCCAGCGGGAAGGUAAACGGCAUUUCCGUGCGCUGCUCUGGUUCGCCAGAAGCGGCUUGGUCAUGCUGGCCACAUGACCCGGAAGCUGUACGCCGGCUCCCUCAGCCAAUAAAGCGAGAUGAGCGCCGCAACCCCAGAGUUGGCCACAACUGGACCUAAUGGUCAGGAGUUCCUUUUACCUUUACCUAUUAUUAUUAUUAUUAUUAUUAUUAUUAUUAUUAACUUCGUUGCCUCAGUGGACCCUGGUUUGCACGUGCUUGGAACCUGAGUUUCCCCCUCUGCCUCACAAAUGAGCUGAAGGGUAUAAAAUGGGAGCUGCCUUCCUGGCGAAAUUCAGGAAUCCAGAUCCUCCCUUGCUGCUGAUGCCUUGACAGGUGCGGGGAGAGUAAUCCAUUUUCCAGAGUCUCUUCUGAGUGCCUUGCUUCUUUUCCUUUUCUCUUCUCCUCCAGAUUCUUCGGAAGGUCCCAAAGCCAGCAAGCUGGUGAGUACUUUGUUCUUGGGACGGGCAAACAGUUCAUUCCAUCCACGUCUAACUUUUGGUUUGAAGGGGGGAGGGGAGAAUUUCGACCCAGACGCUUGAGACUUCAUAGAAUUAUAGAACUGUUGUUGGAAUGGAUCUUGAGGGCCUCCUGGUCCAUCCCCCUCCAGCGCAGGAUUCUCCCCGGGGUCAUACGUGACAGAUGUAUGCUCUGCUUGAAUGUUUUGUGGCUUAGCUCUCAAUGUGCGCAAGGGCAGGGCUGGGAUGGGGGACUCAGAGCACACAUCACACCCGUUGCAAAGGCAGCAAUUGCUUUAUGAAUGAAAAAGAAGGGGAUGGGAGCGCAAAGUGACUGACUGAAUGGGUGUCUGCUGGAGCAAGCCAGCUCUGUCGGCCAGGGGCGCCAAAGCUUGUGAUGCUGCGUGUCCAGAGGUUUGCUUAUUUGUUCCACGUGCACUGAAUCGAGAGGUCUCUCACAGCCACCGGGCUUCCUGGCUUCCUCACACUCUGGGUCACAAAAGGCCUAGGCGUGCUUCUUAGUUCUGACCCCUGGACUUGGAGCUGCUCGUGCAGUUUGCAGGCCAGGGCGCCUUGCUGGGAAGAUGUUCCAGGCUGCGCCCUCUAGUAUCACACCUUGGCCCAGGCCACAGGGAUGAGUUGGCUUGCAUGAUCAGGGAGUGGGGGUGUUGUCCCGGCUUAAACACGGAACCAUGUGCCCCUCUCAACUGCCACGAUGGCUGAUCAAAUGACUCCGUCCGAGGCUGGUUCAAGCUGCUUGCUGAGUUGCUGGUUCCGAGUGAUGCGUCAGGGAGCACAUGGCACUUGCAGCUGCAAGGGAGGGGGGCUGGUUCCUUUUCCUCCAGGAUGCUCUCAUGGCCACAGUGGAGCACAGCAGCCUGCAGUCAGAGAUACGGACCCAAGAGCUGUGGUGGUGUGAACUAGUGCUGACUCAUGAUCCUGCGCUCUGUGGAGAUCAGGAGUUCCCAAGUCCUGCCCCUUGCUUGCCUCUCCUCUGGGCCGAUGGAGAGGACAUAGGCAGUUAGCUGCAGCCCUCUGGCUGGUGGUGCCUUUCCUUGGAUUCCCCUUCAUGUGGGGCAGAAGGGUGUCUGUUGCCAAACAUUUGCUUCACCCUCAGUUUUGCAAGCCCUCCCAUUCAGUUUCUAAGUUAUGUGGCGGUUCAGUGGGAAGAUUACCCUCCCACACACACACCUUGCUGAGCCCCAGGAACAAGGGAGGAGGAUGAAGGCAGAGGGGCAAGGUCAGAGUUAUGCCGAAGGAGCAGCUCUGCCGGGGGGGGGGCAGUGACUGACUCAGGAGGGAGGCAGGUGGGUGGGUGGGUGUCUCAUGAAUUGGCGCUGCUGCCCUCCAAACUCCCUGGUUCUCUUAAAUAAAGAAUAAUAGUAAUUUUAUUAUUUGGACCCCACCCUUUCUGGGUUGCCCCAGACCCCCUGGGCAGCUCUUUAGAGCAAGGGCACGAGUGGCUCUUCCUGUUGCUGGCCUUGCAAGGGGGGCCACUGUGCCCAGUGAACAAAGUGCUUCCAAAGGCACCACCUGCCCCAACAGAUGCCGGCAGCGUGGAGCGUGAAGCGGAUGGUUCGCGGUCGUGGGCUUUGCAGGUGCCUCUCACACGGCACCAGCUGGGCAGCAGCAGCAACAACAGAGGCUGCUCUUCCUCCAGUGCCCACUUUCCUGGUUUCCGAGUUAUUAAAACAUUGGGUGGGAAGAGAUGGAAGGGUUGGGGAGUAAGGUGCUCAUCCCAGUCCCAACCUUUCCGAUUUUGAAGAUGGCCUGCCGGGAUUUGCCCCUGGAUGGCUGGCCUAAGUUGCCCAGUUGAGGCUCAUCAGUCUUUUCAAAUAAAAAACAUUAUGGAAUUCUGUUAAUGUGCCCUCCAACAUUAACAUACCCACCGCAGUCACAAAAAGAGCUUGUGUUAACCAACCUAACAUCCAAGCAGCUUACUUGCUUGGUGAUAUUCAGCUAAGCUUUACUUGGAGUACACCCUCUGAAAUUAAAGGACCUCAGUUAGUCGUGCUCAUUAAUUUUCAGGGGGUCUACCCUGAGUAAAACUUAGUUGACUGCCCCCCUCCCUAACUUUUCACAUGCAACCGAAAAUCUUGUGGGCUUCUAUAGUUAAAUAAAUGUGAUUAACGUCCUGGAUUUCUCAUUUCUCUCUCUCUGUUCACUCUCCAUUGUCGUUCACAGUGCUGCCAUCUCACCUGCAACUGGCUUUAUUUCUUAAUUUCUUUCUCAUUUAUUCUGCCUAUUCAGUCCAUCAUCAAAUACAACCCCUCCUCUCGCUCACUGAAAACUCUGGUGCCGUCUCUCCCCCUGGCUUCUGCAACCUUUGCCUCACUGGCCCUCUGCCAGCACAGCUCGGCCACCUCAGCCCCACCCAGAACUCUGCCCCCAACAUUGCUCACCACUCUGGUCAGGUUGUGCCCCCUGAUGAAAUCCGUCCACCAUGUUUUAGUUUGGAGAAAAGGUGAGGAAGAGGAGACUUACUCUCUCCAGGAUCUCCCAGCGUGGAAGACUCUUUCCCAGUUAUACCAGGAGAUGCUCCCAGGGACUCAAGCUGGGGACCAUGGCCCUGUCCUGGAGUUCAUCCUGUCCCCUUAAAUGACAUUUUCUUAGCCACAAGCCCCAAACUUUAUAGAAGGGUACGGGCACUGUAAUAACAUCAGCUGCCAAUAAUGUUAAUAAUGUCAGCUCAAAACUUCGUUAGGGAACAGGUCAUACCUUGGGCUUCCACCCACCCAGCUGUGGCCUCACUGCCUUCAUCUCCAUCCUCAUUUCCAUAGAACUUGCCCACCUUCUGCUGUUUUGGAGAGUCGCCUCCUCCCUUGACUUCUUUCUGCUUCCCAGUCCUGAGUCUAAGGCUGUGCCUGUGGCUUCUUUCUAAGAAGAAUGAGGAACUUGAAUCUCGGGGCCACUUUCCUCUGUCCUUUCCAGAAGGGCGUCUGCCUGCAUCCCUUGUUCCAAGCUGAAUUCGGGGGCCGUGGGCAGGAGUUGUUUGUUGCUCCACUAGAUGUCAGCAGAGCCAGGAGAUCUUGGGAGCUGCUGCUGCAAAAGAGUCCUUGGCUGUCUAAUGGGCGGAAGGGCGGUCUUUGGCGAGAGUAUCUCCUUCGAGGGUUAUGCAGGCUACAUUGUCUGCUUGUAUUGCAUUGUGGUAUCAUGUUCAUCUCAGUGACUUGCAAAUAGUUCUCUGUUUGUAGAUAAUCAUGGCUGAAGAAGAGGCCAUUUUGAAAUUGGUUUCUUUCUUCGAAGGGAAUGGUCUUUUGCUCAGCAGUCGUUCAGGGUGUCCCAACCAUUUUCUCCGGGGUUUCCAAACUGACACCAGUGGAACCCACUGCGAGGAGAAACCUGUUCUCCUUUUGAGGUGGGCCCUUCCGUACAAGAAUUGUUCCAUGAAGCAAACUGGCUGCAAUCCUCAAUGGGCUUGCAAGCUCAUCAGUCUUUCCUCGGUGAAUUCCAUAUUGCUUACUUCAAAGUCAACGUGGUUCGGACUGUCCUGUGUUUGGUCUGCUGUUGAGACUUUUCACCUAUUGCCUUCCCGCUUUUAAUGGAAAGGCAGGAUAGAAACCUUAAGUCCUGCUUCCAGGCAUCAGCACUACGACUGAGUUGUGGCAUUAUAUAAUUCCCCUCCCACCUCUGCUAUUGCUGUGUGAACCACCUUCCAUCCGGAGCCCAAGGCGUCCCAGGACCUGGGUGAGAGGAGGGGAAGGCCAGCCCCGUCCUCGUUUCUCAAGCUUGCUUUUCUGUCUUGGUUGAACUCUUGAAGCCUAACAAGGCUGGGAGGAGGAGGAGGAGGGUUGGGUGCGCUGGUGAACCGAGCCUAAGCCAGAUGCUUGCCCUGAGCGAGGUUUUCCCCACUGUGGCAGCAAGCAGGCUGCUGUCUGGUCCCCACUUGCCUUUGGUGCAUAACAGCCUGUAUCUCUCUAACAUCUAAUCUUUUAUCCUCUUUCCAUGCAGCGUGGAGUGAAACCUAAAAAGGUGGUGCCUCUUUUUUCUCUUGACAGAGUCCCACCCACGCAUGAAACCGUUUCGGCAGGGGCUGCUGUGCCCCCCCUCCGUUGCGCACAAGUGCAUGUGCCCUCCUUGCAUGUCUGCUCCCUUGGCUGGCGCCUGAUGAGUUGGCUUUGAGUGCUUUGCAUCAGUGGCUCCCAAUUAGGGGUCCGUGGCUCUAUCCCUUGCCUCCCCCCACCAACUUUUUUAAGGUCAUUUUUGCAUGGUAAUAUCACAAAUUUAAUGGUCUGUUUUAGCGCUGUAUGGUUUUUCAAUACAUUGGCCAAAAUUGGUUCUGAAAUCACACUGCGAUAACGAUUUUGACCCGGCAAUACCCAGCAAUACAGUGAUACCUUGGGUUACAUACGCUUCCAGGUUACAGACUCCACUAACCCAGAAAUAGUGCUUCAGGUUAAGAACUUUGCUUCAGGAUGAGAACAGAAAUCGUGCCCCGGCAGCUCGGCAGCAGCAGGAGGCCCCAUUAGCUAAAGUGGUGCUUCAGGUUAAGAACAGUUUCAGGACCUCCGGAACGAAUUAAGUACUUAACCCGAGGUACCACUGUAUAUUGCUCCUCACUCAAGGGAGAGCAGGGCAGCUGAUUUCAAGGCACUGCUGACAUUGCACGAUGAUCUUGGCUGAUAACGCUUCUGAUCUGAGCUGCCUUCCCUCACGCUGAGGGAGACCAGGGCAUCUGAUUGCCCUCACGUCAAGGCACCGUGGCUCUACUUUCCCCUGGCUCUGAGGCGGAGCAGCUUUUCUCAGCAGAAAAGCAGCAGCAGUCACAGUGGAUGUGCGUCUUCUCUGGCUGCCACUGCUGGCUGCUCUGCUGAUGGUGACUUAAUGUGCCCCCCAUGCGAUGGGGGUGACUCCGCUUCCUCUCCCCCCACCUGCCUGAUUUCUGUGACGGCUCCUUGCCUCAUCCCCACGCCUGACCUCCAAAUUCAGACAUUAUGAUAUAUUGGAAUAUCACAAUGUUUAGCCACUGAUAGAUCACAGUAUUGAAAACCAGAUAUCAUGCAGUCCUAAUCUGUUUUUUAGUAUACCUGAAAUCCUUUGCUUAUUCGGGCUACCCCACAUUUUGUUCAAAAAAAUUGCUUUGCAGAGUUAUCAACAUUUUCCAAAAUAGUGGGCCCAUGGCUUGGCUUUUGAAGAAUAGGGGGUCCUCAGUAAUUAGCAAAUUGUGAGCCGCUGCUUUACAUAUUUCACAUAUUUAUAAGCCACACUUUCAUCAGAAUAUAUUGAGGCGGUAUACAACGUACAAGAACAAAAUCAGCAAGAAGCAUCAGUAUAACAUCAGCCAAGACUUGGGUGCUGGGCAGCUGGCGGCCUCUGAGCUAGGCUGUUCCAGGGCUCCCUUGCCCCCCGCCAGCUUCACCUCCAAGUCACAAACUUGGUGGGCUUCGAAAGGGUGCUGCCCGCUGCUUUUUGCCCGGGUGAGCCUGGCUGGGGGUUCUCAUGCUAGCACAGCUGCUGUUGAUUGCUUCCUUUCCAUCUUGCCCUCCUAUUAGUUUCUGGCAGGACACAGAAAAGCUGGAACUCAAAGACACACUGCUGGCAUCCUGGGUGAGCAGGCCUGGCCAGGAACUAGCAGCCCUGUGCCUUUGAGAAGAGCACAGAGCUGGCUUACCCUGCCUCUCGCUCUCCCUAACGUAAGCCACCCCUGGGGUACUUGUAGCAGCAAGGAAGGGCCCGUUCCCCCUUUGGGAGAGAAGGACAAUGACCACCCCACUCCUCCUGGCACAUGGGGAGGGGCUUGGUCAGCCCCUGGUCUUGGGCCUUCAAGCACCAGCUUUUCCCAAGGCAGAAUCAAGGAAAGUGCAGUAGAAACACACAUCAGAACAAGAAAGCCCAAAGCUGCCGCUUUCCAUGCUUAUUCUUCCUAUGAUUAGUCUAGUGGCAGCUUCUGUGGUGGGGGGUCAGAUCUGGAAAAUGAAAGGGGGGGAGGGGAGGGUCAACACCCUCUGCCCCCGGCCCAAGUGGCUGUUGCGGUCGAAACCUGAAUCCCCAUGACUGCUUUAAGGUACUCCUGCUACUAUCAGUUUGUGAAUGAGAUCUGAUCAUGGAAAGACCCCGUCCCCUGUGCCCUGUGCCUUGGCCCGCAGGCGCUCUGAGCAUUGCACCCCAGAGGGAGAAGUCCUACCUUUUGGCUUCUCAGUAGAGGUGGGUUGUCCUUGGCCUCCAGAGGGUGAGGUGGAAAUGACCUCCGAGUGGGAGAACCUUUCCUGGCCUGGCUUUGAGGGCCCCUUUCCAACUCUGGCAGGGAUCCCUUUCUUCUUCCAUUGCCGCCGCCGCCGCUAUUGCAUGUGCCUCAGGCUUCCUGACCUGCAUGGGUCUGUCCUCCCUCCCUCCCUCUCUCGCUUGUGCUCUUGCUACUUCUUCUUGCUGAACCGUCUCCUUGCUGCCAACAUUUUGCAUGAGGCCCCAGCCUGGUCCCAGCUCUGCCUGUCCUCCCCUCCUUCAGAGCGCACAGAGAGCAACGGACAUCCAGCUGAGCGACUCUCCUUUCUCUUGGGCUCCUGGCGGCAGGUCUUGGCUUGCCUGGCUUGCUUGUGAGUCGGAAGGCAGUGCCGGGGGACUCCUCUUGUCCCACGGGGCUCCCCUUCCUCAUGAUGAAACGGCUCAGCAGCCUGGAAGAGAAGAGAAGAUGAGGCUGCGUUGUGUCCUGUCCCUGAAGCUGCUUGCCCCUUGGCCCGGGGGGUGGGGGCAGGUUCUUUCUCCAGCUGGCACCCCCCCCCAAGUAUAUAUGUACACUCAUGACAUUUCAGAGCGCUUAAAUCUCUCUCUGCCCCCUUUCGGUCUCUUAAAAACAGAGCUGGGUUCAGAGCAGCCGAAGGUGGCAGCAGGUAAAUCUCAGUUGAUGAGAUUAGGGGGCUCUUUGGAGCACAGCUCUGCGUUGCUAAUCGGGUUACUGGCUCCCUCUGGCUGUGCUUUUUUAGUGACAGAUGGUCCCCGUGGUCCCAGUGGUAGAGCCCCCAGAGAGUCCCCUCCCUCCCUCCCUGCCCCAACCUAUUCACCCUCCCCUCCCCCAGCCCUGCCAUCUGUCUCCCCACCCGGAAGGAGCCUCUCUGCUCCUGGUGUCUGCCUUCUAGGCACGGUGGCCUCUCCCUGGUGACAGGGAGCACCAGGGCAGGCUGCCUAGUGGCUAGCGCAGCAGGGCCCUCUCCAGCCCUGUGCUCGGCAGGUGAGGCUGAGGGGCCUGGGCAGUGAAGGACCUGCCAAAGGACUGCUGAGUGAAUGCUAGAAAGAGCAUUUGGACGGCCUCAUGGGCCUUCUAGCAGCAACCUUACAUUGCUCCUCUCCUCCUGGGUCUCUGACCACAGUGGCAUUCUCUGGGUCUGUUCCCAAAAUGCAGCCGAUGCUACCCCUUCCCACUGGGGGGCAGACAGGAAUCGCCAAACUGGACUGGGGGAAGCUACUGCUUAGGUAAGAUGGUGGCCAGUGAAUGAUGGGUGCAAGUUGGUGACGUUGCAGGAGGCCAGUUAUGCACCCAAAAGCUUUUCCACCAUCCUCGUCCCCCGUUGGGGUAUCUCUGAAAUGCACUCUGGCAUCCAGGUGAUCACCUGGCCCUUGUGCUCUCCCCCCCCCCCCAACAGACUGGCAGUGAGCGGUGAGCUCUCUGUGGUAGCUGUCCUAGGUAGGAGAGCCUGUUCCCUGGGACGCAGGGAUGCUUGUGCAGGACCCGGAGGAUGUUAUUUUCGGAAGCCAGAAGGGGCUGCGUUGUGUCUUCAGAAUGGGGCCCUGGUGCCUUAUGUACCUCUUUGCUCUUACCUGAGAUCAGCAGGGGCGGGGAUGGAAUUAUAAAAAAUAAAACAGGCAACUCUAUACAGGUUGUAAGAUUGAGUUGGGCCAGAUGUGCAGAACGCAUAUAGCCCUUUUGGUGUAGGGCUCCUGACUCAGUGGGCAGUGGGUCGUUCUCUGCACACAGAAGGUCCCUGGCUCAGUGCCCAGCCCCUCCCAGUUAGAAGUAUCAGGAGGCAGGGAAGAAAACUUUUUUUGCAAGAGACCCUGGAGAGCUGUUUCUGCCCUGUGCUGGAUGGACACACGUAGCCUGGCUUGGUUUUCAGGCAGCCUUCUGUGUGCUUCUCUUCUGCAUGGUGCUUUGUUUCCUCAGUUUGCUGGUACAGACUGUUUCCCUCUUUGUCCCAGCUCCCCCCCCCCCCCGGUUGGCUGCUGAAAGCGAAGGGCCUUGUCUCCAUGCAGCCAGCAGCGGCCUCCCUGGGAUGCUGUUGUUCCAGCGCCCUGCGAGGGCCUUUGGGACUUGGUGUCAUCUUGCAGAGCUCUGCUCUUCUGAGCUCCUUUUAUCAGGUCAGCACUGAUUGCAGCUUCCCGGCGCCUUAAUGGCUGCUCUGCCAGGGCAUCCUCAUUGCCACACUGCAAGAGACAGAGCUGGCAGCUCACGUUUGAGUACGGGAUCUUGCUUGCCAAGGGAGCUGCUUUGCCCAGCAGUUGGUGGGCAAAGAAAGGGGCUUGUAUCCAGCAGUCUCAUUUGUGCAAGGACUUUUCUCUGAGCAACCGAACUUCUCCUCCUCCCUCUCCUUGUCCCCUCCCCAGGUCUGCUACAGAGGGUGGGGAGGACACCCAAGAAAAUAUUUGGAGGGGGGGCAUGCACAGGGAGACAAGAAGGAAGGAAAGUUCUGUUGUGUAAGUGGAAGUCCUGUGAACAGAGCAGCUUCGUCGAAUACAAUGUGGUCUUUCUGUUAGCGUUGUGCUUACAGCAUUGUGAUACCUGGCCUGGAGUAAUAAUAAUAAAUAAUAAUAAUUUUUAUUUAUACCCUGCCCUCCCCAGCCAAGGCUGGGCUCAGGGCGGCUAAUAAGCAAUAAUAAAAACAAGUUGAAUGAAUACAACUUAAAAACAAGAUUAAAAUACAACGUUAAAACAUUGAAGCAUUAAAAUGCAGCCUCAUCACAGGAGGAGAAAGGAACAAGAAAGAGGGGGAGGAAAUCAAAUUGACUCCAAGGCAAAGGCCAGGCAGAACAACUCUGUCUUACAGGCCCUGCGGAAAUAAAUCAGAUCCUGCAGGGCCCUGGUCUCAAGAGACAGAGCGUUCCACCAGGCCGGGGCCAGAGUUGAAAAAGCCCUGGCUCUGGUUGAGGCUAAUUUAACUUCCUUAGGGCCCGGGACCUCAAGGUUGCUAUAUAUGGACCUUAAAUAGAUUCCAUGUGAAACAUUCUGCCAGCUUAAAAGGCUUCAGUGAAGCCUCUGUGGCGUCCUGUUUCUCCUGGGGCUCCUGGCAUAGGCUAUGAGCUUCAGCAGAAGUCCCCCGUGUGUGGCGCCACAGUAGCCUUUUCCAAUCACCUGGGAGAUGCUGAGCAUUCUCGUGGCUCCAGGUCACCAAGCCCAGCUCUCUGCAGAGUGUGGGGAUCCUGUGGCCCGGCCCUUUCCCCCAGCCAGCUGCCUUGGCAGUAAAGGCAGUCCACAACUCUGCCUUGUCUACGCCCACUUGGAAGCUCCCCCCCACAACCUGUUUCCACGAAGGAGACAGGACCACAGGAAGCUGCUCUUUACCAAGUCAGACCAUUGAUCCAUCUAGCUCAGUUCCUGCCAGCUUGCCACAAAUACUCCCCAGCCCCUUGUGCCAGUUGCAGCUGUCCUCUCCCCAAGGCAGAGGGGCUGAGCUGGCCUUUAGCUGUCCAUGGUUCUUAACGGUGAAAACUCACUGUGGGUGACCAGCAUCCUGGCUUGGCUCUGCUUUCUCCGGGAGAAUGAGAAACAGCUUCUCUAGCCACCUUGCCCAAACCCCUCUGGGCUGAUCACAAGGACAAGCUGUGAGCCAGUGCAGAUCCCCUACUGCAACAAAUGUGCACUCUUCUUCUUAGAGGAUAGAUCCCAAAUGUCAUUUAUUCCCAGUGCACGCUCUUUUUGCAUUGUUUGGACUUAUUGGCCACAUUGUCAUAUUUCACCUUUGGGGCAAGUGCUCACAAGCUUCUGCUGCCGUUCUCAUUCAGUCCAGUCGCUGUGACUGUGGGCUCUGAUAGGUGAUGAUAGGAAUGGAUAGGUUGGUCCUGAAGCUGAGCUUUUUUUGGGAAGAUGACAUGGACACUUUGCAAACCAAGUGACAAAUAAGAAAGAGCUUGGUGUCUUUAUUCAUAGCUGCUGAAAAGCCUCUUAAAAUUUUGUGAAGAAUUUUUAUUCAUGGUAGCAAAAUUAAAGAUUCUGAAUUUUCUUUCCAUUUUAUGCAAAAGGCCAGUUGAGAAAGUAAGAGAGAGAGAGAACCAAGGGAAAUCCCUGAAACCAAAAGAGGGUCUUCCUCUCCUGUAUAGUGUUGUGACAAUGCCACUGAAAAAGUUCACUUCUGCCCAAUUUUUGGGGCUUCUGCUCAUUUUUGCUGCUUUCCCCCUUUAAUCCCAUAGUUGAUCUGGAAAGCAUCAGUCCCUUUCACACAUCCCAGAGUCCGGAUGGGGAGCCUCCAGCCCAGUGUCAGGUGCCAGCUCCCAUCACGCAGAAAGGUGGUUAAGUCUGGAAGGAAAUGCUAACGACUCUGGGCCUCCUGAGAACCUCCAGCCUGCUUGACGUAGUGACAUGAGGUUCAGAGGUUCAGAGCGCAGGCAUCCCUGUGGACAAGCUUCUUGAGCAUUAGUGAGAUGGAGAACAAAUGGAGCAGGCGGAAAGGAAGGAGGGGGCUGGGCUCCUCUCUCUGGCCUGCCCUGGAGAUGCUUCCAGAAGAGCAACCGAGAGGAACAUACGGAAAACACUAGAAGUAAUAAUAAUAAUAAUUAAUAAUAAUAAUUUAUUAUUUAUACCCCGCCCAUCUGGCUGAGUUUCCCCAGCCACUCUGGGUGGCUUCCAAUCGAGUGUUAAAAACAAUACAGCGUUAAAUAUUAAAAACAUCCCUGAACAGGGCUGCCUUCAGAUGUCUUUUAAAGAUAAGAUAGCUGCUUAUUUCCUUCACAUCUGAAGGAAGGGUGUUCCACAGGGCAGGCACCACUACCGAGAAGGCCCUCUGUCUGGUUCCCUGUAACCUCACUUCUCGCAGGGAGGGAACCGCCAGAAGGCCCUCGGCGCUGGACCUCAGUGUCCGGGUAGAACGAUGGGGGUGGAGAUGCUCCUUCAGGUAUACUGGACUGAGGCCGUUUAGGGCUUUAAAGGUCAGCACCUUUAAAGUUUGCAUUAUAGCCUGUUAUGACAUGAGCAGCAUCAAGUAACGCAGGCCUCUGUCUGUGGUGAAGUGUCUGAGUGACAGCUGUCAUUUAGUUUGGUUCGUAAUAAUUCUCAGCAUGAGAUCAUCUACUCUGUGAUGCUCAGGUUGGUACAAUUGCUGAAAUCAGGGCUAGGCUUCCUUGGCACCCGAUAUUUCAUACAUAUUCCACAGUCCUCCAGAGGCAUCUGUGCUGCGUCCGUCUUCUCCUGUGUCCUAGAGACCCUGAUGGUCAACUUGCCCAUGGCAUGGGACCUUCCUCACAAGCAGACAGGACUCCUCCAUGGCUCCGGGUUCAAGUCACGUAGUGUCUUCCUAAAGCCAUCCCUUCUUAACGUUGGAUUCUGUGUUCCUGCGCUGCAUGCGUGUGUGUGCCCUCUUUGUUUUUCUGCCUGUGAUGGUGAGCAAAGGACUUGGCUUGACUGAUGAAUCCUUUGAUGACGGCGGGGUGGCGGGUGCAGUUGUGCCCAAGUCCUGGCGAAUGGGAUCCUGUCCUCCGCGAGAUCCCUGAAGCGAGUUGUGGAAGAGAGGAGGAGGGUGCGGAGACUAAGCCCAGCCCCUUUGCUUUCCCCGGGAGAAGGGAGAGGGAGGGAAACACCAAGAAGCCUUUUAAUUAGCAGGGGAGACAGCUGAGCCGAAGGCGUUGCUAAGUGACAAGGAGCCCCUCGCCUGUCCCCGAGAGGCGCAUCCCUUUCUCUUCCCUCCUCUUCUCACUUUGCCGAAGAAAAGGCUCCGUCUCCGGUUCUGCAGUCGCAGCAGCGGCGCGUCUGGAUCAGAGAUCUGCCUGCGAGGAACUCGGGGGAGGGAGGGGAUGAUCCAGGAGUGGUGAUGUAAUGAGCAGCUGGGGCGGUGGUUGGAGGCCAGUGGCGAAAGGAUGUGCGGCCCACGGUGCUGGCUGCUGGGGUGCUCCUGGGCUCCCAAGCCCCUGUAAUCGCCCCGAGGUCUGAGAGGAGCCGCCGGGGCCGGACUGCCGGGCCGGAGGACAGCGGAGGGAAGACGCCGGAGCUGCAGCCAUUUGCAAGAUCUCCUGGACAGGCUGCGCUGCUUGGGAGUGCUGCAUUGUUGUGAUUGAAUGGUCUAAUAUUCUGCCUGCCUCUUUCUCUCUCCCUCUGUCUCUGCCUUCCUCUUCUCUGUCUCUGCCUCUUAUCUCCUGCAACCAUGAAGCAGGCCGCAACUGCACGGAAGGUACAGUCUAAGGCAAAUGCAAAUGCUGCUGCUGCUGCUGAUUCUAAACCAUUUUGUUUGCUGAAACGAUUUUUUUUGGGGGGGGGUGUCAUUUUGAGUUUGCCUCCUUCAUGCGGGCCAUGGGGAGGAGGAGUGUGGAGGAGCUGGAAGGGGCUGGAGACGGCACAUGUUUGGAUCUAAGGCGCGAUGUGCUUGCAUUUCAUUCCCCGUCUUCCUGAGUUUGAGUUCCCCUCCCUCUUCAUCUCCUUGGUGUUGCAUGCAGCAUAUAUAUUUUUUACCUCUAAGCAGCCUGGAGGGCCAGUGCUGCUGCUGCUGCUGCCGCUGCUGCCCGGGGCUGGGGAAGAGGGGGUUGCCUGCUCUGGGAAAGUUGCCCGUGAACUGCUCUCUCUUGUCUUCUUCUCUGCCGGAUCAGCCAUUUUCCUCGGCUUCUCACACUUCUGGCUAAUUUGACAGUCUUCACUGUCAGGAGCUUGCCCUCCUCCUUCUCUGAGGGGCAUUUUGCUCUUCGGGCUGCACAGUCUGUCCCCUCCGCUUUGCCCAUGCCAUUGCUGGGGUCUUCUGCAUGCAAGGCUAAGCGUGAGAGCAGUUUAGAGGCAAAUGUGCAAGUUUCCUGCCACAGCAGGGAUGCUGCGUAGCCUGGCUUACGUGACGGGAAAUGUGCCCAGUGCCCGAUUCUGGGCCAUUGGGCUGGCCAGACUGGGGUGAGGUGCUGCUGCCUCUUGGCUAUUUGGAGAGGUGCCUUUAAAAUCCAGCAGAAGGGGAGCCUUGGCAGAGGCUAGCUCUUGAAGCCCUGCUCUGUGCCCCCGGUCAUGCCAGGGAUUCUUCUGGCACCCACAUUGCUGGCUUUCAGAUGUUCAGGCCUUGGGGCACCGAUGCCGCUGCUUUGAUGCCCUUGCUCCUGCCCUUGCCCCUAUUUUGGCUAGUUUUGGUUUUCAUCCAUCUUGUGCUGCGCUGCUGAGAGAUGUUAUUUAUUUAAGGCGGUAUAGAAAUAGAUCCCAAUAAAUUAAUGCCCCCCUGGCAUUUGCGGGGGCCUCUUUAAUCCUCCCCUCUCCUGCUUUGGAAUAAGGAGGCUUUGCACGGCUGCAGUGACGGGAUUUGUUUCCUGGCAAAUGCCCUUUUGGGGUAUGAUGACCUCGCCUUGCGUGCCUCAGGCUCCCUCGGCUUUUUCCCGUGGUCCUUUGGCGGAGGGUUAUUGAACUAGGCAGGAGGCUUGGUGGACAGCGGUCACUGUAGGGGAAAGCAUGCAGCUCAGCUGUUGGAAAGCAGCAGAAAGUUGAUUCCAGCAGGUUUGUCCCCAGUUGCGGACUUGAGGGUGGGCCUGGAGCCAUGGUAGGCAAUAAUAUUGCAAGAAGGAAGGAAGGAAGGAAGGAAGGAAGGAAGGAAGGAAGGAUAUUGUCAGGUGGCACGGGGAAGCACAAUCAGCUUUGCUUCCAGCGCAUGCAAGUGCUAGGAUACACCUUGCACCUGGACCUGGCAGCCUGUGGCGCUUGGACAAGGAGACCAGGCAGAGCCAGGCUGCCAGUCACCCAUCUCUGCCCUGAGGCUUCUCUUGACAGCCCCGUGACCUGUAUGCAGACAGAAAAGGCAUGGGGCAGAGAGAGAAAUGCGCAAGGGGCUGGGCAGAGUCCCCACGUGGCUUCUCAGUGUCUGCUCUACUGAAUUGGAGUUCCUGGCACCCCAGCUGGGAUUUCCGCCCGCCCCCAGGAAGUAGCCUGCAUGAAAGCAGUCCUGAAUUAGCCUUUCCGCGAAAGGGACAUGUUGCUCCUUGGGCAAUUCUUUUUUGGGGGGAGUGGUGUUGGGACUCUGCUCAAAUGAGACUGAAGGCCAGUUUGUGACCUUGCCUGCUUUUGUGGCAGGGCUCUUGCUUUUAAAGGCAGGGCAAGAUGGCUGGUGUAGAUCCCAAUUUAGCCUUGGCAUGCCGGCCGGUCAGCUGAUACAACAAACCAAUCUGCUUCUUGGGAAAAGCAGGCUCCUUCCUGGAGCGCAAGCUUGGGAAGUCACUCCUAGGCCACCAGAGGAUGGGGCCAGGUGUGGGCCGGUGGCUUGCUUGCCUAGGCUGGGUCACCUCAUCAUGGUCUGGGUCUUCAAGAAAGAAAGCUGAAUGGAGGGAAUCGUAGUUGAACUUGCAGCAUCUGCAAUUAGAACCAUUGCUGAACGUUUCUUCUGUCCUAAUAAGACUGAAAUGCAUCCCUUCAUCCAUUGCUCUCUUUUAAAUGUGUUUAUUCCUUACUGUGUCUUGAAGAAGACUGCUUUGCUCCCCAAAAGUUUCCCACUCAAGAACUAUGCAAGGAAUGUGAGCCACAGCUUGUUACCUGGACCAUGAGAGCCUAAGAUUGCAUCUUGGGUUUAAUGGGUGGCUGUAGCUGUCGCUGAUAUUCACGGACUUCAUAGUUCAUGGGUUGAAUGCCUCGUGGAGGGCAGGAUGAGGUGGGCGAAAAGGGCACGAAGCCGUUGUUGUCCUUGCGUUGGAGCGUGGCUGCAGCUGGCCUUUCCAUAGCCAGAAACAGGUGGGCUGAAAUCAUCCGCUCUGGAUGGGGAGAGCGCCUGCCUCGGGUGGGGCUGGAGAGGGUGUUGCUGCGGCUGAGAGGCAGGCAGGGAGGCUGCCUUGUCCAGCCUGGGACAGGGCAGAGAAAGGCCUUGUUGCUGGUGCUCUGCUGUGGCCGCUGGACAUACAUCUCCUCUUCCGAAGAUGCAUUUCCUCCUUGGAGCCUGGGGCAGAGCGGCUUUUAGGGGGAGGAAAAUUUGCGCAACAGCAUCAGGUAUUCAGAUUCUGGCGCUCCACUUGCAUAUUGCACAUCAUUCCUGCUGGCUGCAACCUUUGGCUUGUCCUUGGCACACAGUUAGGCUGUUUGGUCCUGGUCCUGUAGGAGCUGCGAAGCCACGAUGAGGCGGGCAAGGCACUGGCACAUUGGGGGGGUGGGGCGUGCUCUGUAUUUUUUUUAUAUUUAUAUUAACGUGGUGCACCUGAAGCAGCAAAACCAGACGCUUUCACCUGCCUCACCUGCCAGAAAACAUGUCUCUCCAGUCACAGCAGGCGCUGUAACUCUCCUGUGGUUGGACUUUACUCCCAAAGGCUCCCUCCUCCGCUGUCUCCCGAGACAGAAGGAUGCCAAUCGUAUAUGAAAAAACUUAAGCUCUGCCCUUCUGGUGCAUUUAUUCUGGCCAGAUUGCAACCGUUAAAAACAACCCAGUGGGAUUCCAGUGAUGUUCUCACAAUGGCCAUCUUAGGGUUGGGUGGAAGUAGAUCUUCCCCUCCGAGACAUGGACUGCUCUCCUUACCCACUUGGCCAAGCGCCCUCUGACUGCGUUCACCAGCCGGGAAGGACUGUGGCUUAGUGGCAGAGGACAUGCUUUGCAUGCCUGAUGUCCCUGGUUCAGUGCCCUGCUUCUCCAGGUAGGGCUGGGGCUGAAACUCUGGAGAGCUUCUGCCAGGUGCUGGGCACAGUGCUGAUCUAGAUGGACCCGUGGCCCAACUCCCAAGAAGGCACUUCCUUAGGCUGGUCUCACCACACUUCAGGGAUCUCGCCCACAUCCUUCUGCUAAAGCGGAGGCUCUCCCCCUAGGAAGCCUUCCUCCAUCAAGAGGGGCAUUUAGCCCAGUGACUGUCCGUUAAAGGUAAAGGGUAAAGGGACCAGUCAUGGCCAACUCUGGGGUUGCGGCACUCAUCUCGCUUUACUGGCUGAGGGAGCUGGCGUACAGCUUCCGGGUCAGGUGGCCAGCAUGACUAAGCCGCUUCUAGUGAACCAGAGCAGCACACGGAAACACCAUUUACCUUCCCGCUGGAGCGGUACCUAUUUAUCUACUUGCACUUUGACGUGCUUUUGAACAGCUAGGUGGGCAGGAGCAGGGACCGAGCAACAGGAGCUCACCCCGUCGCGGAGAUUCGAACCGCCAACCUUCUGAUCGGCAAGCCCUAGGUUCUGUGGUUUAACCCACAGCGCCACCCGCAUCCGUUAGAUGGUCCCAAAGACCCUACGCAAACUGCAUAGGGCAAAGGAUAUGCGAGGGCAACUGUGGAGAAAGCAGCCUUGAAGUUCAGAUUUGCCACUCUCAGAGAUACAGGCCACACCUGGCCUGACUCUGCAGGCACACAGGCAGGAGCUGGGAAUGGAAAGAGCCUGAGCUGUGCACCCCAAAGGCAGAAAGUUGGCUACCAGUCCCCCCUGCUCCCCCCCCCCCGCCACAAGUUCCAGCUGAGCACUUUGUUCUUUGGAAGUUUGUUCUGCAGGGAGAACAAGGGGCGCUUGAGAGACUGGCCUUUGCAAGCUUGGCAGGACGCUCCAUCUUAGCAGCAGGGGAGAAGGGACAAUGCCUGGAGCCGCCUCCCUCCCCUGACAAUGGAGACUUUGUUGGCUUCCUCUUUUGCCCGGAGGCGCCAGCGUUGGCUGUCAGCAAAGCCUCUGGGCACAGGCGGCUGGCAAGGUGGGGGCUGGAGCUCCAGGAGAGGAGGGCAGAGCAAGGGGAGGGGCAGCUGCAGCCCCCAGUGGUGUUUUGCAGGUGGCAGAGUGGCGGGGGGGCACCGCCCUUUAGCCCUCUCAGAGCUGCACCCCAGGAUAGUUCUGCACUGCCAUGUGCUGUCUCAGUGUUUCAGCAAGAUGGGAAGGGGAGCUGCCUCCUCCUCAGUCUUGGAAGCGUCGCCUGGAUCGGGGCCUUGUGGGUGUCAUCAGCCUGCCCAGACCUUAAUAGCAGAGCAGGGAUUUCCAGCUUCCGGCCCUGGCAUCUCCAGCUGGGACUCCCCUCUGCCAGGAAGCUCCUUCCUGUGAGUGGAGGCGCUGAGUCCUCUGCAGGAUCCGUCCCCUUUCCCCCUCUCUCUUAUCCCCUGGGAAGUCAGGAUGGCCUUUGACCCCCAGAGCUCCCAAGUGCCUUGAUGGCCCUGGGUAGGGUCAGCUCCAAGCUCUGGCCCGGUUGCAGGUUCCCUUCCAGCUUUCUCCGACUUCACCCGCCUCUGAAGCGAGUCUUGGCUGCUGUAAAUUUGCUGCCUCCUCUGCUUGCAGUGCUUAAUGGAUAUCCAGGGUGGGGGACAUGGUCUUUGGUCUGCCACCUUUUCUUUUUAAUUGGAAGUUCAAAAAGUACAUAAUUAUAUGUGUACUAAACAUGAUGAGACGCAAACGAGAGAGGAAAAAGAAAAAGAGAAACAGCACCCGUGGAGAAGGGGAAAUAAAGGGGGCAGAGGAAGAAACCCAAAACUUUAUACAGUCGUACCUUGGUUUUUGAACAGCUUAGUUCCUGAAUGUUUUGGCUCCUGAACGCCACAAACCUGGAAGUGAGAGUUCCGGUUUACAAACUAUUUUUGGAAGCCGAACAGGGCUUCCGAUUGGCUGCAGGAGCUUCCUGCAGCCAAUCAGAAGCCGCGCUCUGGUUUCCAAACAUUUUGGAAGUCAAACGGUCUUCUGAACGGAUUCCGUUUGACUUCCAAGGUAUGACUGUACUUUACAGAGUUGCUAUUGUACUUCACCAGAUCUUAACCCGUUACAGUAUUUGUAAGAAUGGAUUCAAAUACCAUUGAAUUUGUCUGCGUUUAUAUGCAAGUUGUUCAUACGUUGCAAGUUUGUACAAGUUUUCAAUCCAAUCAUAGAAGGGAGCCGCAUUUUUAUUUUUCCAGUUCGUCAGUGUCCGUCCUUUUGCUGUGGCAAGGGCCCCCUUGACUUCAGAGGCAGGGAGGUCUGUCCCUUGUCCAGGAAGAGGAGACCAGGCUCCUCGGGGCGUCCAGCCUCACAGCACUGGGAGGAGCCCCAUCUGGACUGUGCAUGAGCAGCAGCUUGGCUUGCGGGUGGGGGGGUGGGUGUCGGGGUGCCAGACUCGCGGAGCUGAUGGCGUGCGCACUAACCACUCUCCUGUCUCUCUUCUUCCCUCCGCACAUUGUUCUGUCCUGCCGCUGCCGUGUCUCUGUGUCUCCCUGUUCCUGUCUUCCCCAUCUGUCUGUCUGCCUGUCUCCUCCUCCUCUGCCUUCUGCUCCUGCCGGCCUCCAGACCACCACCAGGAGGCCCAAGGUGAGAACUGGUGGGCUUUGCACAGCUCUUUUGAAUGCUCUCUGCUGCUGAAGGGUCUGAGGCCCCUCUGAGCUGACCCUUGCUACAGCCUCUCUCCUCUGUGGUGGGGUAGGGAGGGCAUCUCGGUAUAUCUCAGCCUCACCUACCUCCGUGGUUGCUGUGGGGAUUAUAUGGGCAGGAGAACCACGGGUUCUUCCUGGAGAAACAUGGGAUAAUGCAAAUGAAUAAUGCAAAUGAAACAGCCAGGGCUUUUUCGGCUGUGGCCCCGAUCUGGUGGAAUGCUCUGUCCCAAGAGACUAGGGCCCUGCGGGACUUGACAUCUUUCCGCAGGGCCUGCAAGACAGAGCUGUUCCACCAGGUCAUAGAAUCAUAGAAUCAACAUGGUCUUUGGCCAAGGCACAGCCUGACCCCCUCUCUCCUUCUGUAAUCCUCAUAGAACUCUAGCCCAAUGGUUGCCAUGAAUUUGAUUCUGAAUUGAUUUUAGAAUGAAUUGAUUUUAGAAUGCUGUGUUACUUUUAUUGUUGUUAGCUGCUCUGAGCCCGGCUUCAGCUGGGGAGGGCGGGAUAUAAAUAAAUUAUGAUGAUGAUGAUGAUGAUGAUUAUAUGACAUGGCAUGAGUCUUUCUCAUCUUCUAGCAAGGAGGCCAAUUUUAGUGACAAGAGGCAUAGUUUGAUAGACGGUAAUUUCACAUUUUGAGAGCUCUCUGAUGUAUGCUAUCUGGACACAGUGACUUGGUUAAUUUUCAACUUGCCCCUUGGCACCUCCCUCUGAUGUGGGCCUUCAGGUGCUCUGCCAGCAGAUUCUUGAAAUGUGAGCAGGAAUGUGCCCCAUAUCGCCAUCCUGGGCCCAGAGAAGCCAACUGGGCAAACGCAGAGCAGGCCUGUCUGGAGGCAGGCGUGGGAGCAGAUCCCACAAAGCCCCAUGUCUGCCCCUCGGACGCUUCGAUUGACAGAAGUGGCACUGCUGCAGGAGCCACAUAAUGCCAGUUCUGCGCUUGCCAGACUUGAUUAUUUAGUGUGUCAGUACAGGCACUUUGGAAUGUCCUACCAGUUGAGCUCAAGCAGGUGAUUUCACAGUACCCUUUUCGCCACCUGCUAAAACCAUUCUUGUUUAGACCCAGAUGCUUAGAAAGUUGGGGUAAUUUUAAAAGUUGAACGUAUUCUAACUUCGGGGUGUUUUGUGUUUUAAACUGUAUUUUUCUUGAUUUUCUUAUUUUAUCUUUUUGUAAACCUCUUUGAGGUCCCCCUCCCCCCCCUUUUUUUUUACAACAAAGCGAUUUAUCAAUUUUAUGAAAUAAAUGAAAUAAAUAAAAGACAAGCUGUGAAGCCAGCAUCCCGCUGCCGGGGAGCCUGGCUGAGCAGGACUCCAGACUCCAGGCUGCAGAGCUCUUGAGGGGAGAGCACCCCAGCGCCUUCUGCUGCAAGGGCUGCUUGGAGCGACCCUUCCCUGGACGGUGUCAGGGUUCCGUUUGAACCAGGGUGGUGUCUUCAUUUUAAGGCCAAGUUUCAUCCUUGGGACACAAAUAGGAAUGGCUAAGAGAGUGCCCCAGAGCUGGUACAGAGUGCUUUUACCUUCACCACAGCCAGUCCCUAUGAGUCGAGCAGGGCUUCCAAGCAGGCUUCCAGAAAAAAAUGGCCCAUUGGGAGGUUUUUACACCCACCCACACACACACCCUCUCCUCUGCAUUGCCCUUAAGUGCCAGAAUCUACUCCAACUCCUGCCGAUUCCUGGAUUCAUCAGUCCCUGUGCGUUUCCUGCAGAAGCUGUGUGAGAUCUGCCGUUUCGGUUGUGCAAUGCCAUUGCCCCAGAGAGCAGCCCACGGGCUCAGCAAAGCCAUCGUCCUUCUAACAUGCUUUCCCUCCUUCUCCUUCUCCACCCCAAUGGCGGCCUUGCAGCCCACCCGGACGGCCAGCUCAGCAGCCUCCAGCGGCACAACGGGGCUCUCAGGCUCAGCUUCUGCCUCGGCCGGCGAGAUGAGCAGCAGUGAACCAAGCACUCCUGCGCAGACGCCUCUGGCUGCUCCCGUGGUUCCCACGCCGUCACUGACUUCUCCCGUGGCUCCACCAUCUAUCCUGUCACCCACCAAGGUAAAUGGGCCCCUGGGCCUCUGGCUGGCUUCUGGGGGGGCUGCAUUGGCACUGCUGAGCUUUCCCUCCAUUUACAACUUGGGGCUUGUGGGAUGAGCGGGGAGGGUGAGCUUCAGGAUCCCAUUGGCCUCGAAGCCGAGACCCUCUGACAGCUCUCCUUGUGUGCACAAGUUCAUCAGAGGCAGCCCUUGUAGCAUGGAAAUCUGAAAGCGGGAAAUUACAACAACAACAACAACUAAUAUUAUUAUUAUUAUUAUUAUUAUUAUUAUUAUUAUUAUUAUUUUGUUUGUUUGUUUGUUUGUUUAUACCCCGCCCAUCUGGCUGGGCUUCCCCAGCCACUCUGGGCAGCUUCCAACAAAGUAUUAAAAUACAAUAGUCUGUUAAACAUUAAAAACUUCUCUAAAGAUGCCUUCAGAUGUCUUCUAAAAGUCUGGUAGUUGUUCUUCUCUUUGACAUCUGCUGGGAGGGUGUUCCACAGGGCGGGUGCCACCACCGAGAAGGCCCUCUGCCUGGUUCCCGGUAACUUGGCUUCUCGCAGGGAGGGAAGCACCAGAAGACCCUCAGAGCUGGACUUCAGUGUCCGGGCAGAACGAUGGGGGUGGAGAUGCUCCUUCAGGUAUCCUGGACCGAGGCCGUUUAGGGCUUUCAAGGUGUCCAGUGGGCCCAGAACCUGUCCUCAGAGUUUCCAAGCUUUCGUGUGCUGUUACGGAUAUUGAAAUUGCUGUUCAGUUUUGACGUGCUCUCUCACAGCAACCCUCUGACUUGGAGAAAUAUUAUUCCUAUUGAACAGAUGGACAGCUGAGACUAAGCAGUGAAUGUGUUCAUUCUUCUCUCUCUCUCUCUCUCUCUCGUGGGCUACUCUGCUCCUCAGCCAAGGAGAUUUCAAAAGGAGAAUCAUAGAAUUGUAGAGUUGGAUACCGAGGGUCGCCUAGUCCAAGCUCCUGCGAUGUAGGAACAGGCAGGUGGCCCCUAGGGGCGUUGUACCUGCAUCCUUGGCAUCAUCAGCACCAGGCUGAGCUAAGUGGAGAGUCUCCAUGAGGAGGCAAGCUGAGGCCCAGGGGCCGGAUGCAGCCCAAUCGCCUUCUAAAUCCGGCCCUGCAAACAGUCCAGGAAUCAGUGUGUUUUUCCAGAGUCCUUUUAUUUAAAAUGCAUCUCUGGGUUAUUUGUGGGGCAUAGGAAUUCAUUCAUUUCUUCCCCAAAAUAUAGUUCGGCCCCCCUCAAGGUCUGAGGGACAGUGGACCGGCCCCCUGCUGAAAAAGGUUGCUGACCCCUAUUUCCCAGCAGGGGAUAAUGGUGGUGGCCCCCCAGAUUUGGCCAGACUGCAAGUUCCCCCUCCCCUUCCUUCUUUGACAACUGGGGGGCUUCUCUGCAAUAUUUAUUUGCAGGACCACGUGACAUCGUCUGGAUGUUACGGUUCUUGACACAGACUUUGAAAGUGAUAACUAUUUGUAAGCCUGGAAAGGAAAGGUGGAACAUGGCAUUUUCAAAAGAAAGCGCAUUCGUUGUGCUAGUGCUCUGCGAGUGUUUCGUGCUCCAAGGAGAGGCUGGUGCUUCUGCGUCACAGCAGGGGUUGUGAUCAAGACCCUGGAGGCAGAAGGAAGUGCCCCUGGUGGAGAGGAGGUGGCAUUGCAGCCCUCCUGUGAGAAUUGCCUUAUUAGGGCUAAACUGCAAAGCAUCACAGACUUGGAAGGGACCCUGAGAAUCAUCUAGUCCAACCCACUGCAGUGCAGGAAUAGGCAGCUGCCCCAUACGGGGAUCAAACCUGCAACUUGCUGGUUUCCAGCUGAGCUAUCCAGGUCAUGUUAUGCAGAUGGAUACUGCAGGUUCUUUUUUUAAAUAGCAGUGAUGUGGCAGGAGGUCUCCCCUGGUGCCAGCCAGGUGGCUCUUUCCUGCUUGGAGGUCCAGGCUUGACCGCGCAGGGUGUGGCUUCUCAUUGUGGGACCCUCCUUGCCUUGCAGGAGGAGGAGAACCUGCGCAGCCAGGUGCGAGACCUGGAGGAGAAGCUGGAGACCCUCAAGAUGAAGCGGAACGAGGACAAGGCCAAGCUGAAGGAGCUGGAGAAGUACAAGAUCCAGCUGGAGCAGGUCCAGGAGUGGAAGAGCAAAAUGCAAGAGCAGCAGGCCGAGCUCCAGAAGCGCCUGAAGGAGGCGAAAAAGGUGAGAGAGUAGAUGGGCAGCCUGCAAAGCAUGCUGGGAACUGAGGAGCUCUGCCUGGGGGCAGAGGGGCAUCCAGCAGCGCAGGGCUUGGUCCAUGCCAGGCCUUGGAAGUGCCCUGUCUCAGAGGGUCUCCUUUCAGGGGAAGCCUCUUCCUCCCAGCCCAAGUAUCCCUCAGAUUUGGGCUUCCUCCCAGGCUGCUCUGCUUGGUCCUUCCCCUGCUGCUCUUCAGAGGGCCUUUCCCAAGACUUGGCCCGUUAGCCUGAGAUGUCGUCCUGCUUGCUGCUGGUGGCUGCCAGGCAGAAGUCUCUCGAGGGGCCGGGCACCCAGGGUGGCUUGAGGCUGGGGGCUGCACGACCGGCCAGACCCAGCUGCCUCCUCUCCUGCCAGGAAGCCAAAGAGGCCUUGGAGGCCAAAGAGCGCUACAUGGAGGAGAUGGCUGACACGGCUGACGCCAUCGAGAUGGCCACUCUGGACAAGGAGAUGGCCGAGGAGCGGGCAGAGUCCCUGCAGCAGGAGGUGGACUCCCUGAAGGAGAAGGUGGAGUACCUCACCAUGGACCUGGAGAUCCUGAAGCACGAGAUCGAGGAGAAGGGUGAGAGCGGCGGGGGCUCCGGGAGGGUUGCAGGAACACUGGCAUCUCACUUGGUGGGUGCGUGGCUGGGCCCAGCCUGCCCUGCCCUUUCUUUCAGGGAGGAAAAGCUCUCCAAGUGGUGGAAGGGUUGAUUUCUCCCAGAGCCUCACCCGGCUGGCUGCAUCCUUGGGACAGGCUCCACACGCCUGAGCAGGGCCUGGAUCCCCCACAGCAGCAGCAGGGGCACUGGGUGCCCUCCUAGCAGGAAGGCAGCUGAGAUGCCCCUCCUCCCAUAGGCUGGGUGGGGUGGCUGCCUGCUGAGCCAGAGGCCGGCCCGGCUUCCCACGCACCAUGUUGCCUGCCAGUGAGUCAGUUGCGCCAGCUGCAUCCGGUCGGGCUUUCACAUGCUUCUUCCCACCUCUCUAGGAUCUGACGGCGCUGCCUCCAGUUACCACGUCAAGCAGCUGGAAGAGCAGAAUGGCCGGCUGAAGGAGGCGCUGGUGCGGUAAGAACAGAAGCAUGCAACCAACACACACCUCCACGUCAGGCACACACCGCCGCCCCCCCCCCCGGUGUCCUGGUUCCUGCAGCCUCUGAAGGCAGGAUCCUGUCCCCCCCUUCCUGAGUCUGUGGCGUGAGCUGUUUCUGUUGCCCAAGGAAGGUGACCCACUCCCAGAGAAGCUUCUCUCUUUUGAACUGGGGAUAUUUUGGGGGCGGGGAGAAGCCUUUUCUAUCAGGUGCCUCCCCCUCUUUCUCCAUGCCAGUGUCCUGCUCCUUCUUCCCCUGUCUGGCUUGGGAGGGCCUUGGGGUGGCUCUGCUGCCCUCCCAUCCUGGGGGUGCCUGACUCUGAGCCGCCCUCUCUCUCCCCCUCUGGCCUCGGCAGGAUGCGGGACCUGUCUGCCUCUGAGAAGCAGGAGCACGUCAAGCUCCAGAAGCACAUGGAGAAGAAGAACACGGAGCUGGAGACGCUGCGGCAACAGAAGGAGAAGCUUCAGGAGGAGCUGAAGCAGGCGGAGAGGACCAUCGACGAGCUGAAGGAGCAGGCAUGUGUGCCCAGGGCCAGGCAGCCCCGCCUUGACGUCUCCUCCAAGCCAUGCGCUCAGCUGCGCUUGGGGGUCGCUGGGGAGAAGGGUGGGCUGGAGGCUGUGCCUUGCCAGAGGCCUGGUGGGCAGCUUCCACCCCUGGCCAGAAUCCCAAACCCAUGUUGAGUAUUAUGGCAUCUCAGGAGCAUUCAGCACCUGCAGUUUCAACCAUGCGCGGUUGCAGGCUGACUGGUUGAGCUUCUGUCAGUUACAGCUUUUACACUCUCUGCCUUGCUUGCUGGGAAAAGCCCCCUCAGCCGCCAGCUCUGAAAGGUUAGGGAUGCUCACAGAGGAGCAGUUUGAGUAUAGAGGCUUUGCUUUCUUUAAGAUCUAUUUCAGUGGGUUGUUUGGUCUUGGUUGCCCUUAAGGUAAAGGUAAAGGGACCCCUGACCAUUAGGUCCAGUCGUGGACGACUCGGGUUGCGGUGCUCAUCUCGCUUUAUUGGCUGAGGGAGCCGGCGUACAGCUUCUGGGUCAUGUGGCCAGCAGGACUAAGCCACUUCUGGCAAACCAGAGCAGUGCACGGAAACGCCGUUUACCUUCCCACUGGAAUGGUACCUAUUUAUCUACUUGCACUUGACGUGCUCUCGAACUGCUAGGUUGGCAGGAGCAGGGACCGAGCAACAGGAGCUCACCCCGUUGUGGGGAUUCGAACCACCAAUCUUCUGAUCGGCAAGUCCUAGGCUCUGUGGUUUAACCCACAGUGUCACCCCUUAGUUGCUUUUAAAUGCCAGCUGCCCUGCUUCACUCUGUGAGAAAAGUUGACCAACAAGCAUAACCAAUAAUAAGGAAGUCACGAUGACAAUGGUCAGAGGCUCAGCCUUGGUUUCUGGGGCUGGGCUCCCUCUGCUGUCCGGGGCAGGGGCUGGGAUGGGGAAGCUGUGCCCGGAUCGCUCCAGGUCUGGGCCCAACCCUGUCUCCUUUCUCCCCAGGUGGAUGCUGCUCUGGGGGCUGAGGAGAUGGUGGAGACGCUGACCGAGAGGAACCUGGACCUGGAGGAGAAGGUCCGGGAGCUUCGCGAGACGGUUUCAGACCUGGUGAGAGUGAGGGGGCGGAGGAGCAGGGAGGGGAGGGGAGGAGGCUGGCUUUUGUUCUAUCUGCCUCGUGGCGAGAGGGAGUGGGGGCCUCUUGCAUGUCUCUCCCCAGACGCUGCCGUGGCCCACAGGCGGGCUGUGGGGUGCCCUCCUUAUCCUUGUCUGGUGGUCGGUCAGUCUUUGGCCACCAAGGGCCUCCUGCUGUUGCAUCCUCCAUGUUCACCCCCCACGCCCUUCCCCCUUUCCAGGAAGCCAUAAACGAGAUGAACGAUGAGCUGCAGGAGAACGCCAGGGAGACAGAGCUGGAGCUGCGAGAGCAGCUGGACAUGGCGACUGCCCGGGUGCGAGAGGCGGAGAAGCGCGUGGAGGCGGCUCAGGAGACGGUGGCCGACUACCAGCAGACCAUCAAGAAGUAUCGGGAGCUGACUGCGCACUUGCAGGUGCUUGCUGUGGGGGGAGGAAGGCGGGGCGCAGAGCAGGCCAGGCUCGGGUGAUGGAGGACAGCCUUGCGGGAAGAAUGACGGACUCCUGGCCCGUUUGGAGGUCACCUGGCCUCCUCCCCCAGUGAAAAUGUCUGUGCAAGGGCAAGACUUUGCUUCCAAGCGCAUGAGAGGGACAGGCGAGCAUCAGCGCAAGGAGCCUUGUGUGGAACAGGAACUGGAGAGGCCACAUGUGGGUCUUUCCAGGCUACCCCUCAGGCCCAACAUCUCCUGCACUGGGGCCAGGAGGCGCCACAAAAUCUCUGUGCACCUAUAUGUGCUCUCCCUCUCCGGUUCCCGUUUAGCCCCCUCAGGUGCCUUUUGGGUUUCCGGGGCUUCUCCUGGUUCCCCCUUGAGCCAUGCACUCCUCCUCCUCCUCCUUCGGCACUGUCUUCCCAGCAUGCCUCACUCCUGCUCUCCAUGUUCCAGGAUGUUAACCAGGAGCUGAUGAACCAGCAAGAGGCCUCUGUGGAGAGGCAGCAGCAGCCUCCGCCUGAAAUGUUUGACUUCAAGAUUAAAUUUGCGGAGACCAAAGCUCACGCCAAGGUAUGCUCAGCUGGAGACCAGCAGGGAUAGGCGGGGGGAGGGCAGAGAAGGGGGAGAACCCCGUUUCCCAUCCCAAACCCAUGUUAGAAAGUGAAGAGCUGGGGCCAGGAAGACACUCUUGAGCUAGUCUUAAAGCAGUGCUUCAGAAUAAUGUUACAGAUACUUUCAGUUCUGACAGACGACCUGUUUUCUGAAGUCCGUGAACCUGAAACUUCAGGCUUGAUUUUUCAGAAACUAGUUCUGAUUAGAAUAGGAACCUUGAAUGAGGCUUGUAUUUUCAAGAAUAGCUUACUAGGUUGCAGCAGGAUAUCAGUAAAACAAAUAAAUACAGGUUCAGGGUAGUCUGCCAGGGCUCCUGGGACGCCUUCAGGCUCACCUCAGACGCGCUUGUGGAGUCAAGAGCAAACCCCACUGGCACAAAUGGUGGAGUAGCAGCGGCAGGAGUCAUCUUGGAGAGUCGUGGGGUUUUGUGGGGUGAGGCCUUCCCAAAGUAAAGGAAGGAUUGGACUCUGAUAAUAAAAUACACAUGGAGGCUUAAAUCAGCAAGACUCUGGGAGGAGUGCCUAUAAUAAUAAUUCCUGUCCACCCUCCGGCCAAGGUCGUUUUAUUCACAAAAUCUGAUUGGUUCUUACGAACACUGUGUAAAGUGUUCAUAAGAACCAAUCAGAUUUCCUCUGAGCAUUUCAAAAAAACCCACAUGGGGACAAAGUUAAAGUUAAAACUACAAAGAGCUUAUUUCCUACUUGAGCAUGCAUAUGCAAUUCAGAGUAAAUAAAAGAGGAAGCGAAGAGGAAUGCUUUUAGGAAGGUCAUAAACAGGAGUAAACAGGAGAGGGCGGAAGGAUGGCAAGGAAAGAGUAUUCACCAUCCCCUCUCUUCCUGGCCCCUAAGAUCUGUCUAAAGAUUAAACUACAUCAAGGUAACCGACUAUCUUUAUGUACUGAGGAUGCCUGAGGAAGCAACUGGCAGCUGGGCUGUGUACGUGUCAAGCAAGAGAAAUAGGACAGGGAUGCAGAGGCGUGGAUUGAUCAGAAAUCGUAUCAAAAUGUCUCAAACCCAGUCAACGCAAGGCUUCCAUUGCUGACACAAAUGGCUGGCUCCAUAUUUUUUCUAAUUCCUCAUGGCAAUCCCACCUGAUCACUGCAGUGGGGUUCCCGCUCUCCUGUGCCGCGCUCACACGUGGGGCCUGGAGGUGUUCCUGGUGCCGCCCCCGGGUGUCGCUUGCAGCUUGCAGAGAACGGGGGUGUCCAAUGGGCUUCUCCCCGUCCCCCUCCAGGCCAUCGAGAUGGAGCUGCGCCAGAUGGAGGUUCAGCAGGCCAACCGCCACGUCUCCCUCCUCACCUCCUUCAUGCCGGACAGCUUCCUGCGUCAUGGCGGGGACCACGACUGCCUCCUGGUGCUGCUGCUCAUCCCACGGCUCAUCUGCAAGGUAGGCUGAGAGCGACUGGGGGGGGGGGCGGUGUCGCCACGUCUGCCUUUCCAACAGAAACACGCCAACCACAAAUGAUUUAGGUCAGUAAAUAAUCAAGUUUUUGCUAGUCUGUUUCCUCCAGAAAAAAUUACGUUGUCUGAAAUUUCUGACCUGAACCUGAAACAUUAUUUCAGUCAUACCUCGGGUUAAAGUUGCUUCAGGGUGAACGUUUUCAGGUUGCCCUCCGCGGUGACCCGGAAGUAACGGAAUGGGUUACUUCUGGGUUUCGCCCCUCGUGCAUGCACAGACGCUAAAAAUGAUGUCACAUGCAUGUGCAUAAGUGGUGAGUUGCGACCCUUGCAUGCACAGACGCACAGACGCGGGUUGCAUUCUGCUCAGGAUGCGAACGGGGCUCCGGAACGGAUCCCGUUCGCAUCCAGAGGUACCACUCUAUGCUUUUUUAAUUCCUCAAACACUACCCAGUGGCAUAUAUGGUUGAAGAAAACCUUUAACGUUCACAUUACAAUAGAUUACAAAAAUAUAUCAAGUGAUAGUCAAACUAAGUUUUACUCAGAAUGGACCUGUUGACUAAGUUAGGACAAGGGACUCUGUUCAGAAUAAAACUUACUUCAGCACCAGUUUUACUCUCUCUCUAUAUAUAUUUAUAUUAUUUAACUCUCCUCCUUCCUUUACAGGUGAAUUAAUUUUACCAUACAUACCGCAUCCCAAAUUCUCAGCAACCAGGCACUCACUUUUCCCCCCAGUUACAACUCAGGGCUUUACUAACUGCAGGAAAAGAUAAAUUAGGAUUUCUAUUCCUACCCCCCCAACCCCAAUAGAUUUUACAAAGCAAAAUAAUACUAACACAUCUUCUAACAUCAAAUAGGCUUGGUCUCCUCUCCUGUGGUUUCCUGCAACUGGUAUUAUUCAGCAGCAUUUUGAAUCUCUGUGGAGGCAGAGCAGAGACUUGUUGUUGUUUAGUCGUUUGGUCGUGUCUGACUCUCCGUGACCCCCUGGACCAGAGCACGCCAGGCCCUCCUGUCUUCCACUGCCUCCCGCAGUUUGGUCAAACUCAUGUUUGUAGCUUUGAGAACACUGUCCCACCAUCUCGUCGUCCCCUUCUCCUUGGGCCCUCCAUCUUUCCCAACAUCAGGGUCUUUUCCAGGGAGUCUUCUCUUCUCAUGAGGUGGCCAGAGUCUUGGAGCCUCAGCUUCAGGAUCUGUCCUUCCAGUGAACACUCAGGGCUGAUUUCCUUCAGAAUGGAGAGGUAUGAUCUUCUUGCAGUCCAUGGGACUCUCAAGAGUCUCCUCCAGCACCAGAAUUCAAAAGCAUCAAUUCUUCGGCGAUCAGCCUUCUUUAUGGUCCAGCUCUCACUUCCAUACAUCACUCCUGGGAACACCAUAGCUUUCACUAUACGGACCUUUGUUGGCAAGGUGAUGUCUGCUUUUUAAGAUGCUGUCUAGUACUAGUAGGCACCAAAAGCCCUCUCUUCCACUUCCGGAGGUGGCGCCAACGGUAAUGGCGGAUUCCCUCUGAUCCGGAGGGAACCCGCUCCACAGAAAUAGGGUCUGAUACCGCUUUGGCGCAGCGGGGACCCCUUAAACCACAGGCGGGGGAAGCCUGUGACCCUGGGACUCGGCGGGGACUGUCUGCGCCCCCCCAAUCUGCAAAGGAACCCGGCAACGGGCUCCGGAACAGAGCGGGGAAGUGGCGCUGUGCUGUGAGUCGUCUGCUUCUUCUGUGGAGUGAAGCCGCGUAGCUGUUGUUUUUUUUUUCUUUUUUUCCUCUUUUUUUUCUACUUUUUUCUAUUUUGUAUUUUGUAUGGUGUAUUUUUCUUUGUUUUUGUUAAAAAAAUUUCAUGUUUAUUAAUGUGAUAUUAUUAUUUUUGAAACUUUAAUAAAUAUUAAUUAAAAAAAACCAAAAGCCCUCUCUUCCAGGAAUUGCUUGAAUCCUCGUUUAAAGGCAUCUCAGUUGUUGCCUCCUGCGAGAGGGAGCUCUGCAGUUUUAGGUCUGCACUGUGUGAAAAGGGCCUUUCCUUUAUCUGAGAUAAUACUGGAGAGAUGCCGUGGGGUGGGGCACGCUGAACCUCUGACAUCUCCCUCCCUCCCUCCCUCUCUCUCUGGAACAGGCUGAGCUGAUCAGCAAGCAGGCCCAGGAGAAGUUCGAGCUGAACGAGAACUGUGCUGAGCGUGCUGGCCUCCGGGGGGCGCCAGGGGAGCAGCUGAGCUUUGCUGCUGGGCUGGUGUAUUCCCUCAGCCUCCUGCAAGCCACUCUGCACAAAUAUGAGCAGUAAGUCCUCCCGCCCGGGGGUCCCUGGGGUCCCCCUGAGAGGGUGGCUUCUGUGCCCCUUCCUGGCUGAGCCUGAUGGCCCCAACCUCUCUCGCCCCCCCCACCUUCUUGCUCAGGGCCUUGAACAAGUGCAGCGUGGAGAUCUACAAGAAAGUGGGGACCCUGUACCCCGAGAUGAGCGUGCACGAGAGGUCCCUGGACUUCCUGAUUGAGCUGCUGCACAAGGACCAGCUGGAUGAGACCGUCAACGUCGAGCCCUUGACCAAAGCCAUCAAGUACUAUCAGGUGAGGGGGCCCUGCCCCCCCAGGACCACACCAAGGAGAGCCCGCGUCACACUGAUUUAUGCUGGGAAAGGGGGUGGGCAUUUCAUGAAAUCCUCUAGCCCCACCUCCUGGCUGCCCUCUCUCAAUUUUGGCACUCCUCCCCCCAAAAGGUAAAGGGACUGUUCCCCCAUCCCCAUAAUUCAAGCCCUGGCUGCGUCUCCCCCCAGUGCCAGGAAAAGACUGAGAGUGUGGAGCGGCUGGGGCUCUUUUAUGAGCCCAGGGCCGCCAGGCCUGGUUCCCAGGAGGGCUGCCUGCAGAGUCCAGUCCUGCCAUGCUGCUGUGCCUGUUUGAAAGAGGGUGGGUGCCCUUGUGUUUGCUGCAGCUCUCCUGGUGGUGGCAAGAUCAACAGAGGGCAAGGCUGGCAUGUUGGGGGGGGGGAAGGCCCUCUGGCACUGCUUUGGCUGAGGUGGAUUGGAAGCCAGCUGGAGCUCAGCAGCAGAGGUGCCCCCCCUCACUGUUCCUCCUUCUCUCCCUUCCAGCACCUGUACAGCAUCCAUCUGGCUGACCAGGCGGAGGACUGCACUAUGCAGCUGGCUGACCACAUCAAGGUGAGCAGGUGGUGUUUGUGGCUCUCCCCGUCUCCUCAUAGGCUGAAAGAGGCAGAGACUGGCCCCCAAGGUCGCCAAUGAGCUUUGUGGCUGUGGGGGGAUUCGAACCCUGGUCUCUCCCAGCUCUCUCUCUCUCUCUCUCUCUCUCUCUCUCUCUCUCUCACACACACACACACACACACAGAGUGCUUUUUUCUUAAAAAAUGUUUAGGGAUACUCUCAUUUUCCUACUCACAUUGAAAAACUUCUCCUCAAUGAGGCCAAACUUAAAUUCACAAAAUGUUUAGGGGUAUGCGUCCCCUUGCAUCUCCCCAGAAAAAAAGUACUCUCCCUCCCUCUGUGUGUGUUUCAGAACAAACACACACAAAAAAUAUGGAGUGAAACCAUGCUGUAUUCACAACCCCGCAAAAUCAGUCUCCCCUCCCCAGGGAGCUUGACAUCAUCGGCCACAUCCCAAGCCACAUCUUCCCAGCCCUUGGCUGCGGCAGGAACAGGCUGCCCUGCGCAGGCCCAGGUAACGGUGCCUUUGCUUGCUUGCAGUUCACCCAGAGUGCCUUGGACUGCAUGAGUGUGGAGGUGGGCAGGCUGCGGUCCUUCCUGCAGGUAAGCCCAUCCAUCCCCCACCCCCAGGAGGCAGCAGGUGGGGGUCUCCUUGGCAAGGCUGCUUGCCCCAGCCCCUGACGUUGCCCUUCUUCCCGCUUUCAGACCGGGCAGGAGGUGUCCGACUUUGCCAUCCUCCUGAAGGACCUGGAGACCUCCUGCAGCGACAUCCGGCAGUUCUGCAAGAAGAUCCGGCGCCGCAUGCCUGGCACCGACGCCCCCGGCAUCCCUGCAGCACUCGGCUUUGGGCAGCAGGUGGGUCGCCCGGCCCGGGACAGAGAGCUGGGCUUCCAGCCCCCUUGCGGGAGUGACGUGCCCCUUUCCCCGAAGCUGAGCGCGUGGCUGCCUCUUGACCCUGCUCUGAUCUCCCAGGUCGCAGACACGCUGCUGGAUUGCCGCAAGCACCUGACGUGGGUGGUGGCGGUGCUGCAGGAGGUGGCGGCUGCGGGGGCUCAGAUGAUUGCCCCUCUGACGGAGAACGAGGGUCUCCAGGCCGUGAAGCUGGAAGACCUGGCCUUCAAGGCCAGCGAGCAGGUAAGGGGCCUCCGCUGCGUUUGGCUGCGUCUGUCAGUGGGCAGAGCAGGAUCCCUUCCAGAAUCACCGGGGGGGGGGUGUGCGGUUGCUGCGGGCUGGCAGGGUUAAAUCCUGGCUCACACACAGCUACUGAUUGAUUGAUUGAUUGAUUGAUUGAUUGAUUAUUGCACUUGUAUCUGCCUUUUUCCUCCAAAGAGCUCAAGGGGGUGUCCAUGAUUCUCCCCCCUCCCCAUUUUAUCCCCACAAGGAUCCUGUGAGUGUGUGACUGGUCUGAAGUCACCCAGGGAGUUUCCUCGCUGAGCAGGGGUUUGCUGGCUGGCCUCCCAGGUCCUAGGCGGAUGCUCUAACCACUACACCUCCACUGCCUCUUUUAAGAGCUCUAAAGUAUUGCUGCUUGGCUUCCUUGAGCCGUUGCCUCAGUAGUGGACUGGAUGAGAACCAACAAGCUGAAGCUCAAUCCAGAUAAGAUGGAGGCACUCCUAGUGGGGGGUUCCCUAGACCGGAUGGCUGAGAGGUCACUUGCGCUUGAUGGGGUUACACUUCCUCUGAAGGAGCAGGUUCGUAGCUUGGGGUCCUCCUGGAUCCUUUCCUGUCACUCGAGGCUCAGGUGGCCUGUGGCCCGGAGUGCCUUCCAUCAGCUUUGGCUGGUGGCCCAGCUACGCCCCUAUCUGGACAGGGAGAGCCUAACUACUGUUUUGAAGACGGUUCAGAAACUUCAGCUGGUGCAGAAUUCAGCAACUAGGUUGCUCACCAGAGCAAGACAGUUUGAGCAUCUUACACUGAUCCUGCACUGGCUACCAAUUAGUUUCUGGGCCCAAUUCAAAGUGCUGGUUUUGAUCUCUGAAGCCUUAAACUGCUCAGGACCACAAUACCUCAAUCUUCCCAUAUGGACCCACCCAGACCCUGAGAUCAUCUUCUGAGGCCCUUCUUCAUGUGCCUCCUCCUCAAGAGGCCCGGAAGGUGGCAACAUGAGAACAGGGCCUUCUCUGCAGUGGCUCCCCAUCUAUAGAAUGCUCUCCCCAGGGAAGGUUGCCUGGCGCCUUCAUUAUACACCUUUAGGCGCCAGGCAAAAAAGUUCCUCUUCAACCAGGCCUUUGAUUGAUUUGAUUGACAUCCGGUGCCUUUUAAAAUGUGGUGUUAUUGGGGGGGGGUGUUAUUGAGUAGUUGUUUUUAUUUUGAUUAUGUAUUUUAUAUUUUGGUUUUAUCCUGUGAACUGCCCUGAGACCUCCAGGUAUAGGAUGGCGUAUAAAUUCAAUAAAUAAUAAUAAAACAAUAAUAAUUGGACAGCACUGUGGGGGCUGAGGGGCUGUUGGGCUAAGGAACCUGCCUUUCCGCCUCCUCAGUUCAGAGAUCUUGGAAGCUCCCCUGCUCUCCCAACUGGGCCAGGCCUGGCCUUCCUCCCAGGGUCUCCCCAGGCCUGGGGAGGCUGACUCCUUCCUCCUCCAUUCCUGCUAAUUAGGGCUGGGGAGCUCUCUGCAGACCUCAGUCCGGGAUCAGCACUGCUGAGAGACGUGCAUUGGCGUCCUCUGGACCUGUCCAAUUCUUUUCCAGAUCUACGGCACACAAGGCAUCAACCCCCACGAGUGCCUGCGACAGUCGUGCAACAUCCUGAUUGCCACUAUGAACAAGAUGGCCACGGCCAUGCAGGAGGGCGAGUACGAUGCAGACAAGCCUCAGGCCAAGGUGAGCCUGGGCAGAGAGGGCAGAGAGAGGGCAGGAGCUGGCCUCACCCACCAGCAAGGGCCAAGGCACUUGCGGGCAGAUUCCCCUGGCUGGUGCUUGGCUACCGGGGCCAGCCUGUUGGUUGGGGGAGGGUGUCUGUGCCCCAGUGAAAGCCACUCCUUUUCCAGCCCCAUUUUAAAUUGUUGGGUGGGCUUUCAGGUGGGGGGAGGGUGCCGCUUGCAGGAGCCUCAGAGGCAGGGGGCAGCUGCUGUGGGAAGGAGGAGGCUGGCCUCCAUGCUGGGACCCCCUUGGUCUGAUCCGGUUGCUGCUUCAGGGCUCUUCCUCGCACUGCCUUCCUUGCAGUUGAAUCCUUUGGGGAGGAACGAAGGUGUGGGGCCUUCCCCUGGGCUUGGGAGGGGUUCAUUGCAUGCUCUGUAUCUCGAGGCUUCCCAGAACCUGGUCCAUGUCUGAGCAACCCAACAUGGACUCCUCUUGCAGUCUCCUCCUCCAGUGGAUCUGCGGGCAGCCGCCUUGCGGGCAGAGAUCACGGAUGCUGAGGGUCUGGGGCUGAAGCUGGAGGACCGAGAGACGGUCAUCAAGGAGCUGAAGAAGUCCCUCAAAAUCAAGGUGAGUUAAGGAGCUGCCUCUCCCCGGGAGCAGGUGGGGCUGGGAAGGCUCUGCCACGAGGAGGGGGCCCAGUCUCCCAAGGGGCUGCUCCAGAGGUGGGUGGCCGUGGGUGGCCCUGCUCCUGCUGCCUGGCUCCAGAGGACAUGGAGCAUCAGCAGAGAAGAGCUCUUGGGGUCCUCCUGCGGGUGCCCCGUCCCCCUUCCCACAAGCGCCCUUCCUCCCUCCCGCUGCCCAGGGCGAGGAGCUGAGCGAGGCCAACGUCCGCCUGAGCCUCCUGGAGAAGAAACUGGACAGCUCCUCCAAGGACGCGGAUGACCGGGUGGAGAAGAUCCAGACCAAGCUGGACGAGACCCAGGCUCUGCUGAAGAAGAAGGAGAAGUAAGCGGGGGGUGGGGAGUGGAGGAGGAGGAGAUGGGGUGUCCUCUGAGGAUCCACAGAUGCAGGAGACGCUGGCUGGCAUCUUCUGUACCAAACUCACAUCCUCUUGUGUCCUCUGAGCUUGCCUACACACAGAUCGGGUCUUGCCAGGCGCAGCCAGGGCUCUGUGGGCUCUGUGUGCCCAGGGAUUUCAAGACCAGGACUGGAUCUGCUCCCUGGCACAGCAUCUGGCAUCCUGGAGACCUUGGCCUUCGCUUUCUGUAUCCCUUGUGAUGGUGGAGCUUGGUUUCAGACAGCUUCCCCAUCCCCUCCUUGUCCUCUUCCGCCUUCCUCUGCCCCCUUCGCUCUGCUCUUUUGCCCAAAGGUCAGCAGGGGCUGUUUGAUUUCUGGACACUCCUGGCUUCCACGAAUGACCCAGACAGACUUAAUGGGCAGCUCAGCUCUGGCCUUGAGAGACACAUGGCUGUGUGCUCACACCCAGAGAAGUUUGGGACUGAUCGGCGUUGUUUUCUGGCAAAGGGUGGGGAGGGCCCCAUAGCUCAGUGGUGGAGCCUCAGUCCCCAGUGGCAUCUCCAGGCAGGGCAGGGAGGAGAGAACUCUGUCUGAAGUCCCGGAGAGCAGCUGCCAGUCAGUGUAGUGAUGCUCAGCUGGACCAAUGGUCUGGCUCAGUAUAAGGAGGUUUCGUAUGUUUUUAUAAAUGGCAAAGGAAAUGAUGAAGGGAGGGAAGGGAUGCCGGGGGCUCCAAACUGGGAGGGGGACCUAAUACCUCAGAAGGGAAACCCAGCCAGAUGGGCGGGGUAGAAAUAAUAAAUUAUUAUUAUUAUUAUAUAAGGCAGAAACAGGAUUCAAUAUGAGCACAGCAGAUUGGAGAACUGGGCCAAAACUAACGAAAUCAAUUUCAGCAGGGACAAAUGUAAGGUUUUAUGCUUAGGCAGGAAUAAUCAGAUGCAUGGGGAACACCUGACAGCAGUUCAUGUGAAAAGGAUCUCAGGGUCUUCACCUGAGUCCACAGUGUGAGGCAGCAGCAAAAUAAGCUAAUGUUCUUCUCGGCUGCAUCAAGAGAAGUCGAGUGUCCAGAUCAAGGGAAGAGUUCCACUCUCCUCUGCUUUAGUCAGGCCCUGCCUGGAAUACUGUGUCUAGUUGCUGAAGGCCGCCCAGAAUGGAAACCCAGUCAGAUAGGCGGCAUGUAAAUAAUAAAAUUAUUAGUUCUGGGCACCCCAAUUUAAGAAGGACACUGUCAAGCUGGAACGUGGGCAGAGGAGGAGGGCAGCCCAGAUGAAGAAGGGUCUUGAAAUGGAGGGGACUGCUGCCGGCCGUUGACGCCCCCGCUUGAGUUCCUCUGUAUCUUUCUCCCUCCGCAGGGAGUUUGAGGAGACGAUGGACGCCCUGCAAGCAGACAUUGACCAGCUGGAGUCUGAGAAGCAGGAGCUGAAGCAGCGGCUCAGCAACCAGUCCAAGCGCACCAUUGAGGGCCUCCGGGGAGUCGGUCCCUCGGGAGUCGCUUCCGUCAUCUCUGGCAUCACCGGAGGUGAGCCCUCGGAAGCGUGUGUGGAUGCUUUGGGGCAGGGAGACUGCAGGGGAGAGACGCCCCGAGAGUCUUGGGGUGCUGGAGGGCCAGCAACUCCAGAGAAGCUGAUUGACGCAGGGGCUGGACGAACCUCCUGGACUCCCUGCCUGCCUGUUCCUUCCUUGCUGCGGGCAGCCCUGGGCAGGGCCGGUUGCAGGGGCAAGUUGGUUCCUGCUCCCCCUUUAUUUCCACUUCCUCCAUUUCCAAGCGAGAAUCUCCCCACCCUCCUCUUUUUCCCUUCCCUUGCUGAUCCAAAAGAGCCAGGGAUUUGGGGAGGGAGGCUCUAGGGUCUAGACCUUGCACUGCCGAGUGCUGACGCGCUCACAGCCACCGGCUUCAGAAGCCCUUUCCCACCGCGACUCCCGCUUGGAGCACUACAGAGGCGAUGCACAGAGGAUCACUUCGCCACCUUUGCCCAGAGCUGCAAAAUUCUGCCCUUUUGGAUGAUGAAUCUCAAAUCCAAACUCACUGAGAUCCACAGGGUUCUUUAGACCGCGAAUCUCAGAGUUCUGAGCCUGCUGCAGGGGAUGUUCCAGACUGGAGCGGCUGUCUCUAGGGAGGGGUUUGCUUUGAGCUGAGGCCACCGGACUCACAUUCACAUGCCGCACUGCCUUUCAGAGAUCUCUACCCAUUAAAAGAGGGCUGAUCUGCUCAAGCUGCACUGGGCUUGGGAGGGUCAGCCAGUGAAGCUUCUGCACGUGGUUGUGGGUUCCCUUGUGCUGGUGCUGCUCUCUUUUCCUUCAGUGAUUCACACGAGCUGCUUCUGGGUCUUUUUUCCUCCCACAUGUCCGGGGGGCUGUGUGAGCUUCCUCCAAACCUGGGGGAGGGCUAUUGUUUUUUCCUGAAGGGCUGCAGAGCAAGGGAGCCCCCCUGGCGUGCUUGGCCAGGGUUCUGGGUAGAUGGUGUCCCAGUGCCCUUAAGAAGAGGUGGCCCAUCGUGGCUCACAAAAGCAGGUUUGUCGUGUAGUCCAGAGAAGCAAACCCAGAGGGGAGCUGCUGCUGUCUUUCCUGCCUUCUCUCAGACGCCUCUCCUAAUUUCUGCUCCUUCUCAUCUCUUCCAUGCUUCCGCUGCAGAGGAACAGCAGAGAGGUACAGUGGCAUGGGCCAGGUGGGGCUGCUGGGGUCACCUGGGGCCAGGAAUCUCCCGAGGACACAAGGGGGACUCUGAGGCUGCCUUUGGGGGCAGAGGGGAAUCUGUGACGGCUGCUAGAGUUGUUGCCCCCUAUUCCCAGACUGAGGUGGUUUUUUUGUGCGCCAAGGAAGGGGGGGGGGAUACAGCAAGGUCCCAUGCCAGGGUGCAAAGUGUGUGUGUGACAGAACAUUUCUCCAGCCCAUCCUCUGCUGCAAAUGUCUCGUUACCCCGCUGUGCUUGGAAAUGAGCCAAGCUCUGAGAAGGCUGGGCUGGGGCCUCAAGGGGUCUGGCCACAGGCAAUUUGAACGGCUUCCUAAGGAAGCACAGUGAGGCUGGAGACCUGUCUUGGGUCCCCCACAUGCAUGAGGUGGGGGCUCUUUCCAAAGUGUGUUUGGCAUGUUGCAUAUAUUCAUACAAAACUGCUCCCCGGGGCGUUUUCUGCCUCUGGCUGCAUGUUCCCGUGUGUCUUCCUGGGCCUUCAGCUCUUGUCUCCUCCUGGGCUCAGCUCAAGUCUUCUCUGCCUUGUGGUGCCCUGAUGCGGGGGCAUCCUGCCUUUCCCUGACCCUCGGCAUCUUGUGCCAGGAUGCAGGUGGGAAGCUCCUUCUGUGAGCUCCCCAUGGAGCAGUCCAGGCAUGCGCUGCGCAGAGGCAUCUUCUGGAAAUCUGUUCUGACCGUGCUGCUCUUCUCUUUGCAGGUGUGGGUGCUGGCCAGGUGAUGAUGGCCGGCUCCGGCCCUGUGCAGGUCAAGGACUCCCCUCUCCUCCUCCAGCAGAUCGAUGCUAUGCAGCUGUCCAUCAAGCAUCUCAAGAACGAGAACAACCGCCUCAAGGUGAGCGGGGGGGCGGCUUUCCUGCUUGCAGCUCCAGCCCAGCCUUCCCUGGCCGGAGGGAAGGAGCCCUGCAGGCGGGGGGAGGGGAGGAGCAGAGAGGGGGUGUCUCCAAGACUGGUGCCUGCUUUGAAAUGGACUCUGGGAUGGAGCCCCAUUGCCCCACACUCUUUGCUCUCCGCAGGCUGUGGCACCCCAGCCAUCCUCACCUUUGUGGACAUUAUAUUAUUGUUGCUGUUGUUGUUGAUAUUAUUGCUGCUGCUGUUGUUAUUUAUUAGUAUACCGCUCUUCCUCUGUAGAGCUCUGGGCACUUCACAGCAUAAAAAUACAAGACGGAAACACAAAAUACAUUAUAAAAACAUAACACCCCCCAUGUCACGGCAGGCAGGAAUCCCAGGCAAGAAGGAAGACCUGUCAAAGGGAGACUUCCUUCCUUCCUUCCUUCCUUCCUUCCUUCCUUCCUUCCUUCCUUCCUUCCUUCCCAGCUCCCUUUCCUCACGCCUCUCUUCCAUGUUGCUUCACGACCCCUCCCUGCACAAUUUGACCGGCGGCAUCUCUGGUUGUGUCCUCCUUUGUCGUGGAGGGAGUGCGAGGAAUGCCUGGGCUGGUUUGGGGGCCACACGUGAAAGGAAGAGACUCUUCCUGACCGUUCCUGGAGAUCCAAGGAGAUUUUUAUUAUUGUCUUUGUUUUUAAAGGAACUUUUAAUCAUACAUUAAUCCUGUCAGUGUUUUAGUUCUUUUUUUAAUGAAUGUAUUUUCUAUGUUUUUAGCUUGUUUUAUUCAAUGAGUAAGCCCCCUUGAGUCCUGGGCUGGGAAGAAGGCAGGAUAUAAAUUCAUGUCAUAAUCAAUACAAUAAGCUGCCCAGAGCAACUGCUUUUUUUGGGUGGGGGUGCUCUAGUGUGGCUGGAGGUUGCUUGUGCCCCUUUUCAUUUGAUUGUGUGUGUGUGUGUGUGUCAAAGUGUCUGGCUUGAGCCCUGCUAUUCCUCCUCCUCCUCUCCAGGGAGCCCAGAUGAGGCGGGAGCUGGCCUCGCUGACCCCGCUGCGGGUGCCCAAGCUGUCUCUCGCCAAGGAUAGGCAAGGGGAGGAGGUGGUCUCCAGCUCCCUCUACCGCAAGACCAGCCAGCUGCUGGAGACCCUUCACCAGAUGAGUGCCAACACCAAGGUGGUGGACAUCACGCGGCAGAGGACAGGUGCGCCUGGCGGGGGCUGGGAGGGGGCAGCGGCAGAGCUCAGCCUCUCCGUCCCUGCGGAGCGUGCCCUUGCAGGGUGGGGAGGGGCAGCAAUAGCAACGCCUUUUCCGUCUCUCUGUCCUCCCCGCAGCCACCAGCCCAGCAGCCCAGCUCCUGGAGCAAACGGCCCGCCUGAAGUCACUGAGCGAAACCAUCGACAAACUGAAGGUAAUCGAGGCCUCUGGCCGUCAUCUCCUGUCCCGGGCAAGAGCCCUUCAUGGUGGAGGGGGUGGGAGUGGCACUGGGGGCCUGAACCAGAGACUCUGCCCAUUGGCAAUGUGCCCAAGAGCAGGCUCUGUCUCUCUCGCUGGCAAUAAGCUGCUCAGGGCCCUGUUCCCUGGAAGAAAGGGAGGGGCAACAUCAGAGGUUGUUCAGAGAGGGGAAGGGGGAAGUGAGAGCCCCCCAAGGCCGCUGCCUGGUGGGCUGUUCCAGGGCUGUGUCGCUUCCUCUCCUGAGCAGCCGGGAUGGGAAUACAGGGGGGCUCGGGCUGGACGGCCCUGACUGCGCUUCCCGUCCUGCAGGAUGAAGUCCUGAAGGAGACUGUCCUCCAGCAGCCCGGAGCCAACGUCCUGACCGACUUUGGCACCUUCCCCUCAGCCCCCUUCCUCAAGGUGAGCGCUUGGCCCUGGGCAGGGAAGCGGGGGGAGGGAGUCCUCUUGGGCCCCCCCCCCUGACUCUCCCGCCUGCUCUGCUUUCCCCUCCAGGCCAAAGAGGAGCAGAAGGACGACACCGUCUACAUUGGCAAAGUGACCUUCCCCUGCCAGCCGGGCCACGGCCAGGUCCACAAACUGGUCCUCACGCCCGAGCAGCUGCACAAGCUCCACGCCCGCCUCAUCUCCUAA